GCGCGCUGCUGCCGGAGCUAGGCGGGGGUGGGCGGAGGGAGGAGGAGGAGGAGGAGCGGCAGCGGGGGAGCGAGCGAGCGAGCGAGGCGAUCUGGUCGCGCGGCUCCUGCAGCGACCUGCCUGCGGCGGCGGUUGCAGCGGCAGCAGCGGCAUCCCCCUCCGGGCAGCGCCGGCAACGUCUGCUCCGCGCUCUCCGGCGGCGGCGGCGGCGGCUCGGCCUCCCGCUCCUCGAUGUGCCUAAGCAGGAGGUGGCGGAGGAGGCAGCAGCAGCGGCGGCAGCGGCAGCGGGGCUUGCACUCGCCCCACGGGGACUCGCCGCUUGCGCGCUCCGGGCAACCCUGAGCCCAAGCCUGCUGCCUCUCUCUUGCCUGCCACUCCGGCUCCUGCAUCUUUUAUCUGCCGCGGCGGCGGCGGUUCGCGCUUCCCUCCUCUCGCCCCCUUCUCCCCACCCCCUUUCCAAUUUUUCCUCAACCCCCCCCAAUACCUUUUCUUCUCUCUCUCUCUCUCUCCCGCCCUCCUCUCUGUAUCCCCAAACCGGGCUGCAAGCGCGAAGUGUCUUCAUGAACCCCAAGGAUGUCCGGGAAGCAUUAUAAGGGCCCUGAAGUCAGUUGUUGCAUCAAAUAUUUCAUAUUCGGCUUCAAUGUCAUUUUCUGGGUAAGUGGAGUGGUUCGUUUUAUGGGCCAAAGCUGUGUGGGGCUCGUGUGCAUUUUCUAGCUGGGCGAGGAUUUAGCCCUCCACCCCUUUCCAGAGAAAUUGGAGGUUGUGUGUGUGUGUGUGUGUGUGUGUGUGUGUGUGUGUGAGAGAGAGAGAGAGAGAGAGAGAGAGAGAGAGAGAAAUAAGCCCAGCAGAAAAUAAACACAAGGCACUUCAGCGGGAAUGGGGGUUUUCAUGAAGUAAAUAACCUAGCAGGAUACGUGUGUGUGUGUGUGUGUCUUCGUGUUGAUGUUUUUUAGUGGGGUGAUCUUUACAGGGAAACCCCCCCCCCUUUCCAACAUUUUGGGCAGUAUUUGACUUUUUCUGGCCAUAGUCUUUCAUGUUCCGUGGAUAAUAAAGGAACGGCUUGGUUUUUCCACCAUCCCCACAGUAGAUCCCCUUGCAAGGUGUGAUUCUGUUUCUCCACCACCCCCACCCCCCAUUUGCCCCUAUUGUUGUGGUUUAAAAGGGACUGAUAAGAUUUCCAUGGACUGGAGAAGGCAUAAUGCCGUGUUCCAAGUGUUCCUGGAAGGCUAAAUAGCUGUGUUGUUGGGAGAGAAGGGUUACACAACGACUGUAGGUAAGAAAUGGGUCCGUUGUGGUGGGCUCCUGUUAAUGCAGCAGAAACAAGAGAACUGUGUACAGUACUUUGCCGCUGCAAAAUAGAUCCCCUUUUUAAUUAAAAGAAAAAAGAAUAUACAUUGGGAUUAGGAUAAGCAUUUGCUUGAAAUUCUGCAUGCAUACAGAUCACCUAUUGAGUCACCCCCCAACCUUUUUAAUUAUUUUGCUGCCCCUGCUUUGGUGGGAUUGGAACUGUAUGUUGGAAUAUUACAUCACUAUGCUCUUUCCACUGCUUCCUCCCAAUUUGCUGUAGCUUUGAAUGCUCUUCUCCUUUGAAAAAAAGCCUUUUGCUGCCUCUGUGUAUGUGUGUGUUUAAACACACACACACACCACAAUGCCAUAUGAGGUUUUACAUAUUUGAAUUAUUGUUACAUAAUGUGAACCUUUGGGGAUGUAGCAGGCUGUGUUUGUAUGGAUAUUUCAGAAAUGGGGAUAUUGACUGGGAUAAUGGAUUCUGGAAACAAUUGAAUAAAUAGCAUUUGGUGUUCAUUGCAGCGAAGUUGGGUCAAUAGGAGAGCUCUCAUGAACUAACCCUACUUGUGAGCAGGACAUUACAUAAAGGAAAUUGAUUCCCUGUUAAUGGAGAGGGUGUGUGCACAGACACACAACACAGAGCGCAAGAGGAGCUCUGGAUUUCAAGUUGAGAGACUGCAAAAGUAGGCUUGGCUGUAAGUCUGUGGCUAGUUUAUAUGGAAAUACAUUAAAAGCAAUUCUGAUCUGUUAUUCCAUAUGGAAAGGAAGGAAGUGUCACCCAUCCUCCUCCUGCUUUCCUUGUUGCCAGGAUAGAGCUUUGAUUAUUUCUGGCACUUGGGUUCAGAAGUUAAUGGAGAUGCGGCCAAAGGCCUGGAACAGAAACCAGGUGUUAAUGUUGCUGUUGAACCUGCCAGUGGAGGAGGCUGCUUUGUACAUAUGGCGAAUGGGCCCUGGUCCAUGAACGCUUUCGCUGUGAUAAAUAUGUGAACCUUCAGUAUCACAAGACUCUUGGUUGUAUCUUGCUGCUAAGAAAGGCCCGUGUAAGGACAUAGUUGUAGUGUUGCGUUCUUACUAGCAAACUAAAAAAUCCAGACUUGGAUAAAGUGCUAUGCAGGGGCUGUGCGGUUUCUGGUGUGGCAGAAGGACCUGGGUAGUUCUGUUAUGAUCAUAGUGGGUUCAUCAAAUCACUUGCAUAUGCCUAAAGAGAUGUUUUAGCUCCUGCCCAAAAUAAUAAUAGCUAUGCUAUUGACAUUAAAUUAAAAUAGUGCUGCAUUUUUGGCAUUAGGAGUAAGAGGAAGAUAUCUGAAGAUGUUCUGAUGUUCUAGAUUGAAAACUGAUUUUUAAAAGCAGGCUGAUGCAUAUGACGCUCUCUCUACUCUACCUAAGGUUUCCUUUUCUGUUUUUUCACCUCUUGCUAGAGAAGGCAGGUAAAAAUAAAACUAGUCUUCUGCUGCACCUUUUAGAUACCCCCCCCCUUCUUGUUCUGCCAUGGAGUGCCAAAGCUCUAUUGUUCCCUGCUUCUUUCUAAUGUCAUAUUUGAAUCCCAUCUGUGCUGCUACAAAUCUGGUGCAGUGUUUUUUUUGCAGUGACUGUUCAGCUGUCCAUAGUAUUGGUUCUUGAAAUGGGAUGGGGGAGGGGGUGGGCACUGUGAUGAAUUCAGAUGUUCCCCAGCUGGCAAAGAAGGCACAGUAGAAUGAAUCAUGCAGCCUUCUUGGAGAGAGCAUAUUACAGGUUCUAGACUGUAUGCUUAUGAGAGUUAGGAUCAGUCCUGAAAUGCACAAUUUGGCAUGCUGACAAAAAAAAAGAUGAAGUUCCUCUCUAAUUCAUUGUUAUGACCCUGUACUAUAACUUUGGUGGUUCCCUGGCUCUAAUCUUUUAAAUGCUUGUAUUCCAAGGAGAGUUGUGCAAAAGAUGCUUUGGGGAAGAUGCUUCUGAUGCUUGAAUCACCUGUCCAGUUAUCACAGGUAGCAGAGUUGUUGAAUUUCAACCUUUCUCCUAUUAAGAGGUUGGAGAUGUGUUAAUGGGUGUUGGAAUGACUUACUGUGACGCACUGAAUGGUUUUCUAAAUGUAGCAGGAAUGAAUGGAGUGGUGGUGUAAUUAUUUGCAGACUUCGAACAGGAGUUUUGAAAUCCUCAUGAAACCAGUUUUCAGUACCAUUAGCCUGACUUUAAAUUGCUUCUCCAUUUUAGCUUUAGACCUUGAGUACUAGGAUGUUUUCAGACUAAAUGCAUUCUGUAGGGGGCUGGUUGUUUGCUAAAGAGACUUUCUAUCUCCCAGACUCUUAUACUUGACGAAUAUGUUGAAUGAACAUGGGCUGAAUGUGUCAUACAUCAUACAGUAGUGAGUGCCUGAUCUGCUAUGAGGUUACUUUGAGCAGGUAUCUUCAACCUUUUCAGACGCAGGACCCGCUUUUAAUCCAAAUAUGCACCUGGGGACCCAUUUCUUAAUCAUUUCUUAAUCAUUGUGACCCACCUUGGAUCAGGCUGUGACCCAUUAUUGGGUCCCAACCCACCAGUUAAAGAUUAGUGACUUAGAGGCCAGAGUGUCACUUUGGUUUAGCUGCCAUCAUGACGGCACAGAAGCAGGACAGUUUCAGGCUAGGUAGGUUUAUUUUAGAACUGAAUUUGCUGAAGACCUUUAGUAAGCAUUGCCUGUUACACACUGUGGUCUUCUUAAUUGUACCAUGUUUCUGCAAAUUGGCUGAUUAGUUUGGGCGCCUUUUGAUGAAGAGCCAAUUAGCUACCAGGUGGAUCUUGUUGCUUAGUUUGGGGAGGUGGCCAUGGGAGAGGAUGAAGAUAAGGUAGAAAAUACGUUUGAAGUGUGAAGUAACUUCCAAAAUGCUAGGCUUACAUCUGUUUCCAAUUCAUGUUCAAUGAAUGUUCACUGUGAACAUUUUAAUAGAAUGACCAGACCUUAGGCUGAAGACUGCUUCAUACUUUACAUUAAAGCUUAUUUUGAGUAUUUUCUUGUUCAACACUAGCAUGUGAGUGAGCUGGUCACUCAUGGAUCCAACUCGCUGAGGUGUGAGUUGGCUCCUUGCAUAUUGCAUUGUGUCCAUGAAAAUGGCAUGGCAUAUCCUUACAUGCAUGCAUAUCCUUGUAUCCGUAGCAGCAUGAGCCAAAUUUGAACAAGUACAUAAUUUAACUCAAAACUAUGUUUUUGUGGCAUGUACAUUUUAGUUUAAAGCCAGUGUGAGGAAAUUCUCCUGAAGUUUUUGGAGAUCUGAUUCAUGGACCACAUUAAUCUGUUGAUAUGAUUAUUCUCUGUUGUGUGGAAGGUAUUGGUGAACUUGGAGUGUGGUUGUGCACUUCCUGGACCUUGGUUCAGAAAUGACUGUCUGGCAAGCUGGUCCUGAACAGGCCAUGCCACUAAUUUUGCAUAGAGGAGCAAUAAUUGGCUUCACACAGGGCACAGCUCUACUUGGGAGACAUCAGAAGUGAACGAAGAUUAACAUGUCACUGUAAACCCGCUGCCUUGUACAGUUCCCAGUGUCAUUUAAAAACCAGAUUCCUGCACACUUAGAAAUGUGUGGGUAAUUCAGCUGUGGGUGAAAAUUACAGGGAGAGACUUAAAGGUGAUGUUAGUGGUAUGUGUGAAAACUGAGCCUGCAUUGUUUAGAUGAUUGCAUUUAUAAUGUAUACAGUAGUUUUGAUUUAAAAGAGAUUAUGUGGGAUGGGUCUAGGCUUGUGUUCAGCGAAGGUUGGCUUGUGCUGAAGGAAAGGGCGAAAGGUGAUUUUUUUUUUACUGAUAGCUUCUUUACUACUUCUUUGCCUCUUGAUGUAGAGAGGGCCUUCUUGGUAGCUGCUCUUAGAUUGUGGAACUCCCUUACACAAAAGGCGUGGCCGUCCCCCUCUCUGCUUUCAAAUCACCAACAGGCAAAUGCUUUUUUUGUUUAAACAGGUAUUUGGCCACUAUCUGGCUGUUACAGCAAGGUCUUUUGAGCAUGGGUGAUGCCUUUUUGUGUGCUUAAGUGUUUCAGUGCUGUUUUUUUAAUAGGCUUUCUUAGUUCAUUGUUUUGUCAAAGCUAUAUUUAUUGUGUGUUUUUAGUUGAAUCUGUUUGAAUUUAUGAUGUGCGUCACCUUGGGCCAGGCACUGGGAAAAAGGCAUGGUGACAAUAAUAUCUAUGGUUUUUGUUUGUUAUUAUGUUUGUAUUUUUAUUUUGUAAACCACCCUCUGAUCCCCGGAGGAGAUUUAAAAAUACAUUUAUUUAUUUAGUUUUUACACUGCCUUUCUUCCAUCAUGGAACCCUAAACCCAUGUGGUUUCCUAGAGGUCUCCAAUCCAGACACUGACCAGACCUGGUGUGCUUCCAGACCAUACCUUCUAUAGACUGUUCUGGAGAAUUGGGGGACCCUCAGGAAGGACAUGAAAGUGGGGAAGGAUCCAGGAAGGGGAAAUCUCCCCUUCUUCCAGUGAACGUCUGUUGCACCUUGGUUCCUUCCAUGUAUGGAAGUAGCCCUUCCAUGCACGGAGGGCCAAGUUUGUAUCCAAAUAAUAGACUUUGGGGUGUCCUCUUAGACACCUUCCUCUUUUCAUCUUGUAAGGUUCAGCGCCUCUUCUGUGAUGGUGCCUGCCUUUUUGUUUCUUCAGGAAAGUUCACAAUGUGAGUUUAUUUAGAUCAGGUGGUCCUAUGUGGAUCACUAUGUGAGAACUUGUGCAUUGUUAUAUUUGAAAAUUACAGUUAAUAACAUUAAACUGUACAAUUAUUUGACUAAAUUCUUUAAGUGGGCAACAUCUCUGUGAUAACAUUCUUUGCCUCUGACCUCACUGACAAAGACAAAGGUGGUGUGAAUUGUGAAGUGCUAAUACUGAGGUAAAAGAUUGCACUUUAUAUCACAUGGUGCCUUUAAGAGCUAUGUCCCUUGAACACUUAAAACAAGAACUUAAAAUCAGGGUACAGUAAUUUUGUAUUUGGGAACCUUUGGCCCCACAGUAGUUCAGAUCUUGCAGAACUACAACUCCCACAAUCCCUGGCGGUUGGCCAUGCUUGCUGGGGCUGAUAGUUGAGGAGCACCUGCAGGGCCACACCUGGUUGAGAUGUUUUAAUUUAGCAUUUUGUCUUAGACAAACCAGCCUGCCAAUCCAUCCUGCUUCAUGUGUUCUGAAAUGUCCUUGUUUUGUAGCUGACUUGUGCUAUACUCCCACAAGUUUAUCUUGGCUACUGUGUCAUCUAGGAUUUUAUCUCACAAACCAGGAACCUGUCUAGUCUCAGGAUCUGGUCCAAUGUAUUCUAGGAAGAAGAUUCAGUAGUACAUGAGUUCAUAACAUUUGCUGUGGGGGUUUUUUUUGGUGGAGCACGUGCUGGGCUUAUUUUUGUGGUAUUAGCCAUAUGGGAGGUUUUAAAUUGUCUCCUGACUUGAAGAUUGGCAGAAAGCAGGCUAAAUCUGGUUAUAUAAGUGUUCUCUGGGGAAAAGCAGAGUGAAAGGCAUGCUGUCCUCUGUUGGGCAACAGCUAACUUGACUGCAAAUCGUUAAUAGCAUCUUUUGAAAGGGGCGAAUACUUUUCCAUGGCAAUGAGUUGCAGAGGCUUCGGGAAAUAAAAAUGGCCGCUCUUCUAAAUUACCCUAGGAUUUAUUUCAUCUUCUCAUGGUGCAAGAACUUUGUUAUUUCUUUAUAUAUAUUGGAAUUAUAGCUCUAUGCCUUGUGGAAGGCCCAAACUCCCAUCAUCUUGUUACUGACCUAAAGGGCAAAUUGGCUGAGGCAGCUGCGCCAUUCUGUAGGCUGAUGCCCAUGCUAACUUUCAGCCCUUUGGUUUCGACAUCAAGUGGCAACUGAUGUAUUUAUCUCUAGGUAGUAAAGCACAAGCUGGAUUCAGAUAGUGACUGGAGGCAAUUCAUUAGCGCUAAAUGGGAAUCUAUGGUAACAGCAGCUUGCUUGGCAGCCACGCCAGCGUGAUGCCUGUGUACCCUGGAUUAAGAGCUGGGGAAGAGUCAUACCUGGUAUCCAGAGACUUUCAUACGCAGGCCCAAAUGGGCCUGCCAGUUCCUUUUCCCAUUGCAGAUCCUUCUGCGUAGGAUGAUACCACCUUGGAGAGGGUCUUGACAUUCAGGAGCAAUUUUUAAAGCAACAUAGGAAGCUGUGGUCUGAAGGGGAGAGCCCAUGGAAAAUGUUGGGAACAGUCCCCCAGAAAUUUACCUUGCCCAAGUCUCAUUGAAACUCGCAGGGAGAUGUGGAUGCACAAGGUGUGUCUUUGCUGCGGGGUCAUGUCCACACAAUACCUUUGAAGCGCAUCCCCCCCUGUAUUUGGUUAAGGUGCUGGGAGUGGUAGCUCAGCGAGGGGCAAACUAUGUUUCCCAGGAUUCUUUUUGGGGAAGCAGUGUGCUUUAAAUAACUGGUGAGGAUGUGAGCUGGCUAUUUGAGGUUCCUUGUGUGGCCCUUUUGGGUCGUUGCCUGAGGUUUUAGAGAUGCUCCGUUUGGGAGAGUGUCUUCAGGAACUCUCGCCCAGUAAUUUGUAGGGAAAAUGCAGGAAAGCCGCAAGUGAAUAGUCUCUGCGUGUAGUCAUCUCAUAUAGAGAUCUACGUGCAGGUUUUGCUUGCUUUCCUACAAAUAAUUGAUCUCCGUACAGGAGAAAAACAUCUGAAGCAUCCUUAGGUCAUAUGUCCAGUACAGGCAUAGCAUAAGUUUACUUCAAAACAGGUUUUUCAAUUGGAACCAGAUUUGAAAAGCUGCGCUGCUCACAUGUGUAAAUUCUGUUCUCCCAUCCCCACCCCUCUCCUCUUUAUGGCUUUCACAUUGCAUUAAUUUAUGUGGUGAAGAUGGGAAUCCUGGUUAAUGUUAAUUAUAGUUUUUGAAACCAGGGUUUGAAAUGGGCUUGCAAAUUCCAGUUAUACUUAAGGAUGGCUAAUGGAAUACAGCUUCUGAAUAUUGUUUGCAGGCUAGACCUUAUUCUUGUCUAGGUAGCACAGUAGUCAAGGAAGGGUUUUUCAGCUGUAACCAGUGAAAGCAUGCAUAAUCAAAUUAUGUAAAAGCCAAUUAUUUGCCACUUUAGGCCUGAUCCUUCAAAUAGAUUUCUACUGUCCAUUCUUAACACCUGUCUAUAUAAUCCAGUUGUUUUCAAAUGGGAUUUCCCUGAAAGUUUGCAUAAACAUACAUGAACCAACAUUUUACGUGCAGGUCCUUGAUGAAAAAAGCUACCUAAAUUGUAGCUAGGCACUGGGCCAAUAAAGGUCUUUUUAGAAACCUGAAAAGAGCAGCUGGUGUGGAAAUAAAAUAGUGAUAUUCGCUGCUCUUAUUUGAAUGCUUUGCACUCCCCUGGCUUUUCCUGCUUUCACAGUCAUGCUUUUACCCUAGUCUAGCUUUGCUUUUGGUUUUCCAAGUAAAACAUGUGCAGAUUAUUUGAGUUGGGUGGGCCCGGACAAACAAUUCGCUUCAUUUAUUAAACUUCUAUCCUGCCCUUCAUAGGAUGGCAAACAAGGCAGUAGGUUUGUUUUUUAUUUUUAAAAACCAAGUAAAUGAGCGUCAAGAGCAUUGAAAAACAGCCUUGCAAUUAAUAUUUUUAUUUAUUAAGAUGUAUAUACCACUUGAUUAUAAAAACAACCACCUCAGAGCUGUUUCAGUAUUAUUCAGCCAUCAAAUAUGUGGUUUAAACAAGGAUUUAAAAAAACGUUUCUCCUGAACAUUGACAAUGAAGGAGGGAGAUGCAAUUUGCCAGAGCGGACAUUCCACAGAAACGGAGCCACCACAAAGAAGGCCCUGCCAAGCAUGAUUACUGACUGGGCGGCACUGGCAAAAGGGCUUUAGAGUCUGGGUGGGGAACCUCAGACCCAGGGGCCAAAAACAUCCUUUCCCGCCUUUCUGCCUGGCCCUUGGAACUGUCCCCAGGCUACACCCCUUGCUGGCCGUAUUUUACACCCCAAGUGCUUCUUCCUAUCUGAAAUGUGUUCCUUGCAUUCUGACAAGGGCCCCUUGCUUGACUGGAUGGUGGGUAAAGAAAGGUGUGUUUGUGUGUGUAGAAACUAGCUUAGUGUACAAAGGUAAAAUUGACACCAGCUACUUUGCCCCCCCCUUUUGCCUCUGGCACCUGCCUGCCACUGACCUGCGACCCUCAGAGGGCAACCCUACAUCAGCCCUGUAUUUCUCUUUGUUCCCUGCUCCACUUCUCUAGCUGCUACCCACUGUCUUUCCUAAGCCAAAAGGAAAACUGAGCUAGACAACAUAAGUGUUGUCAUUUCUUCCUUGGAAGUUACAGGUUGCAGGGAUCUUUUUUUCCAUGUUUCCAGUCUUGGCUUUAAGUCGCUGUGGUGGGCUUCUUGAAUAGCUCAGUGGUAUGAACAGGUAGGCAAAGUUACCUGCUCCCAAGGUCCAGUUGCCGCUUUCCAGUAGAGUUGCACAUUCUACUUUUACCUGACAACCUCCUUGUGCAAGCACAGGAUAAGGAUAUGGUGAUAUUAAUCUCCCAUGGAAUCUCUACAUCAGGAGCUGCAAAUUAUGGCUCACCAAGCCACAUGUUGCCCUGACCAUAGGUUUGGGUCACGCUUCUAAGAAAGCUUAGCAUGUGAAAUGACUUGAAACAAAGACUGUUGGCGCCCUUUUUAUUUUUCAAUGUAAAGCAUAAGAAAGAAGAUCUGGCAGACUUCUCCCUCUCUUCCCCUCCAAAUAAUAUUAGCUCUCAAGUAAGCGGUGUGCAGAUCUGAAAGUGUGCUGCGUGCUUGGCUCCUGCGGCUUUUGCAUGGCACAAAGGGAGUUUUCCAGCCUUCACAACAUUUGGGGCCUCAUUUGUGCAGCCUCUAUUUACAAGUAGCUCCCAUUGACUUUAAUGGGAGCUGGCUUGGUUGCGGCAGCUGCGUAUUCAGAGCCUUUUGGUUUUCAUCCAGUGCGGGGAAAAGAUGUGAAAAGACUUCAAAAAGAGCCAUGGCCAUUAUUUGCAAUCUGCUUAAAUAGCCGAAGAGCAAAUGUGCAGGAGCAAAGCAGGUUGGGUGUAGCUGGGAUGCAACCUCUGAUAACAGGUUUGUGGAGGGGAGCGUAUUGUUCCUGUCUUUUGCAAACACACCAGAUGGAUAUGCCCUUAUUUGCUCACUUGUUAGAGAGGGUGAUGAUCGCUCAUCUUCAUGGCCUGAUGCUUCUGAUGUUGGGGGAAGCCUAAGAGACUAAAGUGGCAGUGGAGGAAAACAAACAUGCACAAUCCUAUGGAUUGUGGGUAGGGGACCAUUACCAACUCAGCUAGGAACUUACAGGUAGUCUUGAUAAGACAUCUUUAAGCCUCAGUUCUCUUUCCAUAAAACAACAACUUGCUUUACAGGGUGGAAAGCAAGAAAGAACAAGGCCAGGAUUGUGAAAUGACUUGUAUGCCAAGUAAUCUAUACAUGAUACUAAUGGAAUGCAGCAGUAAAUAAUGGCUCUUUUGUCUUGAUGUGGCUAUCAGUUGAGGAGAAUGUCAGCAUUUUAAUCGGCCCUUGCCAGCCUUCUAGUGCUUCUGUGUCCUGUCUCUGUCAGCCACUCAUACAAACCCAAGGCAGUAGCAUAAUGCCUUCUCUGACACUGGUCUUAAGUAAUCGCUAGGAGGAUUUUCUUGGACCAAAUCUCUAGGAGAUUUGUUGUAUUCUCAUUAGCAGACUCCUUUCUGCAACUGGGUCUUGCAGUUUCGUUUGGUUUCUUCUAAAUAUUUAUACUCGCACGUUUUGUAGGACUCUGUCCUCACGUGGCUGUUUCCAGAAGUAAGGUAACCACAAUUACAGUAAAAAUAGAAAAAAAGAAAUUAAGCUAAGCACCAGGUUAUAAACAGAGUGUAAGGCCCUCCUUGAACAGAUUAAACCAGAGAUCUUUACAUGGCUGUGGGUGGGGGGAGAGGAAUGUUCACUUUUAACAUGGGUCUUGGGGACUGGCAGGAUAUAAAGGUGGCUAGCAGCUCAUAUGGCUGUACAGUAGCCUUCUGGUUCAGCGAUUGCAUGGAGCAGUGGUGGGGAACCUCCAGUCCAUGGGCCAAAUUUUAGAUAAUUGUAGAGUUGCAAGGGACCCCAAGGGUCAUCUAGUCCAACCCCCUGCAAUUCAAGAAUCUCAGCUAGAGCAUCCAUGACAGGUGGCCUUCCAGCCUCUGCUUAAAAAAACUCCAAAGGAGAAAAAACAUCCAAGGAAAUUUGGUCCGUCUGACUGCCCAUUUUGGCCUGUGAGGCAGUUUUUGGCUGCUAACGCCCACCUGCCACUUGUCUCUGACAUCCUAUAACAUCAGGUGUGUGGGACAGGUAAAGCUUUGGAUGAAAGGAACACAAUCAGGAGCCUUAAAGCAGGGGAUCCAGAACUCUGAUCCAUGGAUCACUGGUGGUACAUGGGAGAAAAUGUUUGGGGUGCAUGCCCAAUUGUUCCUUUGCAGCCAUGACUUACAUGCAGCACUGUUUCAAAGUGCUGCUGAAUGCACACCUUUCCGAUGGGGUGAGAUCCACCUGUUGCCAAACAGCAGGUGAUGGACAGGUGGGCAGUCCUGCUCACCCCUCACAUGAGGCCUGCAGAGGGUUGGGUGCUUUUUGAUCUGGCUUUCCAGAUGAAGUGGUGCCUCACCCCGGCAUAAAACUGUAAGGUGUUGCCUGCUACCUCAGACUUUUUGGUUGUAGCCUUGCUAUGGGAUCAGUUUGGCUGUGGGCAGUCUAGGCUGCCACACGUUCUAGGCAUUUACAGGCUUUUAUGAGAGGGCAAGUGUUCUGUGGUCUGGGCAGGUCCUAAAUAUGUUUAGUUUGCAAUCCACAUCCCGCUUGGACAGUCUAAAGUUACAGUCCAUAACCGGUAUUGAUAAACUGAACAUAAUGGGUAAUUUAUAUAAAUAGAUGUGGCAGAAAAGGCUUUGAGUAAGCAGUGAGGUUUCAUUUUCUCUGAUCUGAGCUCCAUUUAAGGUUUUUUAAAAGUUCAUUGCGCUAUCUAGCAGAAUCAUAAGCUGUCAAAGUGGAAAGUGCUUUUCUGUAUUUAGUAAAAACAUAUAUAUAUACUGCCAAGACUAUUCUUAUCAGCCCUUAAUAGGCACAGGAGUUACAGAAUCAUGGGCACAUAACCUGAAGUCUGCCCUAAGACAGGCUCCUUGUAUACCUUUUUCAUGGUGGUUCAUUCCAAUCCUAAACACGUUGACCUUGGAGCAAGCCCUCGUUAACACAGUGAGAUUUGCUUUUGCAUGAACAUGCGUAGGAUUGUGCCUGCAUGUGGUGGUCUUUUUAUUUAGAAUUCUUGACUCUUCUUUAAAGCAUCUAAGAUAAUUGCUGGGAAUAUAUUGUUGCCUGACCCCUAAAAGCAGGAGUGACAUGGGGGGGGGGCAAAGGUUCCCCACUGCUGCUUCAGAGGAUGUGAGCAAGCAAACUGAAAACCAGCAUGGUUUUGGCUUCUUUCUUCCCUAACGCCACCAGUUACUUAGUUGUGAAAGGUCACUGAAGUGCAUGAUAUUUGAAAGCAUAUCUAUAUGAUAGGAACAUCUUAUACCAAGUCUAACCAACUACCUCUUUAUUGCUUGCACGGACUGGCAGUGGCCAUCUGGGAUUUGGGAUGGGUCUUUCACAUAAUUACCUAAAGAUGCCAGGGAUUGAACCGUUGGCCUUCUGUAGGCAAGGCAUGCGCUAUGCCACCACACUUCUUACCAAUAGGCUUAUUGAUUUUGAAAUUCUGGUUUGCAUUUGGCCAAGUCAUUCAUCCUGCAUAAAUUCUUACUUGCGACACUAAUAGACCUUUGAUAAGAGCUUUGCAGUAACAAGGCGGGAGUCAUACUAAACCUUGACCCAGAUCUAGUUUAAGCCGUGCUACCUAUCUUGUGAGUGGUGGUCUCUUGGGCAGAGAUGCUGCUUCUUCUGACAAGUAUAGUGAGUACAUUAUCCAGUGUGAGACAAUUUCACCAUUUGCUGUUUGCAAUCUCAUGCCAAAAGUGAAUCUGCUGGUCCAGGAGUUGGGAGUGCGAGCAUCGGGCAACUUGGGCCCAAACCUCAUCUUGGCCAAGGUAGGUGACUUGUUAGGUAGUGUUGGUUAAUUUGCCUCUUUUUCCCCAUCUGUAGCAGGGGGAUUAGUGAGUCAGCAUCCGGGGAUGUAAGACUUGAUGUACUGUGCAAAUGCUAUUCUUUUAGCUUUUCCAGAGUCAACUGUUGGAACUAGACUGGUGAGACCUCCAGAAGUGAACUCCCUUGCUUCUCAACCAAGCGUGACCAUCUUUCCAUACUUGUGGGAAGCCGUUAAGUUCAUAUUUGUAUGGAGCAUGCAGCUUACAAAUGACAUACCUGUGGCUUUAGCUAUGGUACCUUGCUACUAAGCUGGAAUAGCUUUUGGUGGUUGCUUGAACUGGGUUUGUGCAGUGAUCGCUGAAUAGAUUUCCUUCGGAUUCCACCCAAAGACCACAAUGACACCACAAAUUGAGAAUGCUGCCAAACUCAUUCUCCUGGCUGUGUGAACAAGGCGGGGCAGCAAAGGAAGGGUAGUACAUGGGUGUGAGUCUUACUCAGGCUCUUUCCAGCUUGUGCAUGUCAGAUAAAACCAUGGGCCACUGCUUUGUAUGUGGGCUGUGGUGCAGUUUCAUAACUGUGGUUCAGUUAAGUGCAGGAGGUCAAUUUCAGGUUCCUAUUCAGUGCAGUCUGCCUCUGCACUUGGUAGCUUGCUGCAGAAGGCUGUUUUCAACUCUGAACAAAAGCAAAUGCACUCUGGAAAAAGAAGAUGGAAUAGAUCUAAAGCACAGCACAAGGUCUCAACAAAGAUGAUAGGAACAUUGGAGCACAGGAAGCUGCCUAUACAGAGUCAGACCAUCGGUCCAUCAAGCUCAGUAUUGUCUUCACUGACUGGUGACAUCUCUCCAGGGCUUCAGGCAGGAGUCUCUCCCAGCCAGCCCUACCUGAGGAGAUACUGGGGAUUGAACCUGGGACCUUCAUGCAGAACAGAUGUUCUACCCCUGAUCCUACAGCUCUUCCCCAAAGUCUGUCGCUGUAGCAGUAGGGUAAGAACAGCCAGCAUGUCUUGCAUUUGCACCUUUCCUUAUUUCAUAAGCAUGGGGUUCCUUUUCUUGGUGAAUCUGCCAUGGUGCUGUCAGGCAAAGAAUGUCCGAAGUGAGCAGUUAACUUUAUUGUCAAAAGUACACUUACAAAGUAGAAAAUGGCAUGUCCAUCUGUCUUACACAGGGGUCAGCAAACUUUUUCAGCAGGGGGCUGGUCCACUGUCCCUCAGACCUUGUGGGGGGCUGGACUAUAUUUUGGGGAAAAAAAGGAACGAAUUCCUAUGCCCCAGAAAUAACCCAGAGAUGCAUUUUAAAUAAAAGCACACAUUCUACUCAUGUAAAAACACCAGGCAGGCCCCACAAAUAACCCAGAGAUGCAUUUUAAAUAAAAGGGCACAUUCUACUCAUGUAAAAACAUGCUGAUUCCUGGACCCUCCGUGGGCUGGAUUGAGAAGGUGAUUGGGCCGGAUCUCGCCCCCGGGCCUUAGUUUGCCUACCCAUGGUCUUACAUCUCUCGGCUAUCCCUAGGUGUGCAUCUGAUGAGGCAGUUGCCACAACAGAGGGGCUGUGCCCCUGACCUCAACAUAUUCCCCCCCCCCCCAAGCUGCAUGCAAGCAGGCAAAGACUCCACCUGCGUGUAACCUUCUGCCCCUCUUUCAAUCCUCUCCUGGUCUUGGGAGACAGUGGAGACAGAGAUUAGAGGCAGGAGGAUGAUGUGUGGAAACCCUUUACACCAGCUUGACCUCUUCCUCCUCCUGUACCUGUUCUUCGCUCUCCAGUCCUGCAGCUUCUCCUGCCUCUUGACUCUUGUCUUCCAACUGUUUCAGACUCCCCCUGAUCACGGAUCCCUUCUUCCAAGUCGGUCUCCAACCCGCCCCCCCAGCCACCACUCCUCAGUGCACAGCCAGUCCCCGACACUAUCCCACCCCCAGAACAAAGACGGCAGUAUCAGUAUGCCAUUCUUAACGAACCAGAAAUACUUUUUUCCAUUUCCCCAUUUUUCCACCCUCUCCCCCCCCUCCUCUUGUAGCAGGGGCUCUUCAAAGGCAGGUGGUCCCUUGAGAAGGCUGCGACACAGAUGCCAGAUCAUACACGAGAGAGCCCUAGGGCAAUGGCGCUCUCAGUGUACAGCCAUUCGAACAGAAUAUUUAUUUUCUUUGUCACAACCCACAAACGGUAAACUGAAUCCAUUCCGAAGGCAACCGCAACGAAAAUGCUCUUGUCAGUAUCUAAUUUAGGUCACGGAAGCCCUUGUUCAUAUAUAUUUAAGGUCAUGUUUUCUUUGAAAGGACAGUGUGCACUGGAUUCCAAGAGAUAUCAUUCAUAAAUAACAUUCCUUAAAAUUUGCCUUCAGUGUUUCAAUACAUUAAGAACUUGUGCUGAUAAUGGCCGCACUGUACUUUUUGGGUAAGAAGCACAUUAAUAUUCUGUUUUCCACUGUUCGCGAUUGUAUCAAGUCUAACCCUCUCUGUCUUACUGUAAGUUGCCGACACAGAGCUUUCCACAGCAUCUUAUUGCAACAGUUUGCAGAGGGGCAGCCAUCUUGGGUCACUCGCGAAGUAGAGUCUUGUGGCAAUUCAAACAUGAAGGCUGUGUACACAGUCCUGUUCACUCUGCAUCCAGAGCUCUCCCACCCUUGUUUUGGGAAGUGGUGCACACCCCACAUGGGUCACAGUCAAUAUCUAUCCUGUCAUUGUGUUGUCCCCCAAACCAGCUUCUAUCUGAAUUGAGAAAAAGAACAACCUAGCUGCAUUUAAUCUGUUGCUAUGGACACAGUUCAGCACUACAAUCCUAAACCCAUAUACCUGGGAUUAAGUUCCAUUGAAUUCAGUCGGACAUAUAGAUAGUUAGGAUUGUGCUGUAAUAACACAUUCGUUUUGUGUACUUCAGCCCAAUACAGUGGUACCCCGCAAGACGAACGCCUCGCAAGACGGAAAACCCGCUAGACGAAAGGGUUUUCCGUUUUGGAAGCGCUCAUAAGCAAUUUCCCUAUGGGCUUGCUUCGCAAGACGACAGCCCAUAGGGAAAUCUCAGGGACAGCGGGAAGCGCAGCGCGUCUUCCCCACUGUCCUCGGACCUCCUCCGAAGCCUGGCGGCGGGGCGGGGACACCUCCUCCCGCCGCCGCCGGGCUCGGAAGGCUCCUCCGAGCCGGGCGGGGAGGGAACACCUGCCGCCGCCGCCCGGCCCGGGCGGUGCUCCGAAGCCGGGCGGGGGAGGGAACACCUGCCGCCGCCGCCCGGCCCGGGCGGUGCUCCGAAGCCGGGCGGGGGAGGGAAGACCUCCCGCCGCCGCCCGGCCCGGGCGGUGCUCCGAAGCCGGGCGGGGAGGGAAGACCUCCCGCCGCCGCCCGGCCGGGACGGUGCUCCGAGCCGGGCGGGGGGAGGGAAGACCUUCUGAAGGCGGGCGGGGGCGAAAGUCUUUGCUCCCCCUGCCUGCCUGUCCCGGAGGGCUUUUGAAGGCGGGGGAGCAAGACUUUCGCCCCCGCCCGCCUUCAGAAGAGGUCCAGGACCUCUUCUGAAGGCUGGCGAGGGCAAAAGUCUUUGUCCCCUGCCUGCCUUCCCAGGGGCUUUAAAUUGCCCCGGACAGCGGAGAAGUCCUCCGCUGUCCCGGGGUGAUUUUAAAAUGCCGCCCGCCAGCAUUUUAAGAUCGCCCGGACAGCGGAGAAGUCCUCCGCUGUCCCGGGGUUUUAAAAUGCUGGGGGUGGGAAGAAAAGCCCUUGCCCCCAGCCUUCAGAAGAGGUCCGGGGACAGACUGUCCCCGGACCUGAUCUGAAGGCGGUUUCCCUAGGAACGCAUUAAGUGAUUUUCAAUGCAUUCCUAUGGGAAACCGUGCAUCGCAAGACGAAAAACUCGCAAGACGAAGAGACUUGCGGAACGAAUUAAUUUCGUCUUGCGAGGCACCACUGUACAUUUAAGUCUUUACGGCUCCACAAACCAGUGGUACCUCGAGUUAAGUACUUAAUUCGUUCCGGAGGUCCGUUCUUAACCUGAAACUCUUCUUAACCUGAAGCACCACUUUAGCUAAUGGGGCCUCCUGCUGCCACUGCGCUGCCAGAGCAUGAUUUCUGCUCUCAUCCUGAAGCAAUGUUCUUAACCCGAGGUACUAUUUCUGGGUUAGCGGAGUCUGUAACCUGAAGCGUAUGUAACCUGAAGCAUAUGUAACCAGAGGUACCACUGUACUGCCCCCCACUGCCCUCCAGAUUCUGAUUUUGUUUUUGUUUUUCUUCCAAGUGAGGCUCACUUUUUUAAAAAAAGGUCCUCCUCUCACUUACCAUAGGAUUUACUAUCCCCACUUGUAGCUGGUACAAAACCUUGUUACUGAAUUCAGCAAAACGGACCGCAAGCAACAAAGCCUCAAGGAUAGCUAGAUGUUGGGGUGGGUGGGAAACAAUGUGGCUGGCUCUAUCAAAUAAGCUGAACACAAAUUGAAAUCUAAACAAAACAAAUGCUACUUGAAAAGUUGAAACCACUUGAUGUUUUUGUCCCAUUGUUUGAAACUCCAAUGAACUCUGUGCUUUAAAUAGGUGCCCAUUAUUUUCAGGUUGAAAGAGAUUGCUAGUCUUGUUUUUCUAAAUUCCAUGGAGCUAUACACACAUUUUAAAAAGCAGCAAAGUGACUAAACAAACAAAACCCCAAUAGAGAAGUAAUGCCCUCCCCCGCCCUGGGUUCAAAAUGCUGUUUAACUGUUUGUAUCCCCACUGCACCUCGUAUCUUGUGUUUUGAAUUUUAAAAAAGCAACCGCCCUUCUGAGUAUUUCAGGUUGCUUGCAUUUCUUUGGUCUUAAUACAGUAGCGUAGCCCCUAUUGCUCUGCUUCUUCUGCAAUGGUUGGACUCUGUCUUGUCCGUGGUAUGCAUACCAGGGCCUGGCUAUGGAAGGUCCAAAUGUUUGGAAGAUGAGGGUAUAAAGCAAGGAUAUGCAGCCAGUUAGCACAGUGCCACUGCCAGGUGCCUCUGCAGACUCUUUGUAGUAUUCGCCGUCUUCAAGGUGAUCUUUCAAGCUAAAGGCAAAGAAGGAACUUUUUUCUUGCGUAUAGAGGGCUAAGUGUUAUGAUAGGAAGGGCUGUGGUUUUCAGCAGAACCACUCAAGCAGCAUCAUCAAAAUUGACGGAGUUGCGUAAGCUCUCAAAACCAGUAUGCUGUAGAUCUGAGGUGGUGAGUUGACAGCCCGUUGCCUGAAUCUGGUCUGUGAGUAACUUUAUCUGGCAUCCAAAAGCCUUUCCGACUCUUAAUCGGAUGUGGCAAAACCAGUAGAACUAAAUUGGCUUAAAACCCAAGCACACUCUUGCUUUUUUGUUUAAUGAGAUGGCAAGGCGGGUAGUAGAUAUAUUGAGAGGUGGUUCCCCCCCCCCAAGGUUGUUUAGCCUAGUGCAGGCACGGCCAAACUUGGCCCUCCAGAUGUUUUGAGACUACAACUCCCAUCAUCCCUAGCUAACAGGACCAGUGGUCAGGGAUGAUGGGAAUUGUAGUCCCUAAACAUCUGUAGGGCCAAGUUUGGUCGUGCCUGGCCUAGUGAAUGCUUUCCUUGCAAUAUUUGAAGAACGGAUGCAUAGCACAUGCCAAAAUAGUCGCAUGUGAUUGCUGCAUGCGCCUGAGCUUACACCUUUCCUCACAGAUUCAAUGAAACAUAGGUGUGCUAUUGCCAUGUUGCUGCCUGCCUGAAGAUUGCCCAUGCUUUUGAUGUGGGAGCUCUGAAGAUGACAAGCAGUUCCUCUCAGAACAAGGGUGCUUUCAGACAUGGGGAAUAUUGCAUUAAUUUCCUUGAUUAUAACACUAGCGCUUCAGCCCCUUUUUCUAAUGUUACUUUCACACUGCAGUACCCGUUGUGUGGCUUUUUGACCAAUAUACUGGCAUAUCAUGCUAAAUUUCAUUCACUACAAUGGGCAUGGUGUGACACAACAAGAAACAACAUUGGACAAUGUCACUACUCCCCUUUGCUGUCCACACAUGUCUGCUUCUGUUCCCCCCACCCCAUGAUCCACCCAUGAAAAUGGCAGGAAACAACUGAAUGCUAGUAUAGUUCCCCAAAUUUGUCAUCUUUCUUCCACAAUUUUCUGGGUUAAUGGGGCUAGAAAUCUUUUUUCCCCCUGAAAGCAGGAAACCUGGAAAUGAGCACUAAAUUAGAUUUUUGGAUGUGGCUUUUAUGUUGUAUGAAAGUUCAAAUAUAAUGCAGAAAUUAAAAGAAAAAUGUUGGGGAAAUGGAAUAAACUGUUGUGGGAAAGCAACCUAAUGAAGUGCAUGGGACAUUCAGCAGAAUGCUCUAAUCUUUGUUUCUGAAACUUUGAUCUGGUUUAAAACCCUGUGUCAAAUAAUUUCAUCCUAGCUUAUUAGGGUAUUACAGGGAUUUUGGAAACUUUUACUCAGCAAGUAUAAAAUUUUACUCUGAGUGUAAGAAGAUGGCAUGAAUGUCCCGAAUAGUACCCAUCUGUCCUAUGCCUCCUGUGCAAGAGAUGCAUUCGAAACAGUGGACCAAUAAAUGAGAAGGAGCUGCCUUGACAAGGCUGCAGAGCAGAUGCCAGAUCAGACCUCAGAUAGCCCAAGGGCACUGUUGAAUAGCAAAUCUAGUAGAAUGUAUUUCUUUCUUUCCCGGCGCUAGCAGAAAGCUGGAGCCCUUGACUUUAUUCCAAAUGGCAGCAAAAAUGCUGUCACUGGAACUUAACGUAUUUGCUCCUAGGUCUUGUUAAAAUGUAAUGUAACAAAAAAAACAUGUGGAGAGGCAAGAUGUCCUGUUCUACAUCCAUCCAUGCGCAUGGUCAGACUUAUGGUUCUGUUCAAGGCCAGGUACCGUACGGCUCUCUCUCCCUGUCACCCCUCCCCAUAAUUGUCAUAAAGGCUACCCACACAGUCCUAUAAAUCAGUCAUUCCCAGGCUGGUGACUCCCAGAAUUUGCUGGACAGCCGUGGUCAGUGUCUUAGACCCUUGCUUACCAGGCUCUGGGAAGGCUGGGGGAGCAUUCUAGGGCCUCCUGAGACUUUCCCAGCGCCUGGUAAGCAGCCUUCCACCUUGGGGGGUCGGGAGGUUUAGGGGGUUCCUGACUUCGCGCAAUUUUGCCUUUGGACCUCCAGAACCAAAUCCUCAUGUAAAUGGCGGGCCCACUGUAUAAAUUUAUUUCCUUAAAGCAAUGUAUAAUCUUAGCUACUUAAGAUUCCACCAGAGAUGAGAGAAGCACAAACAGGCACAACAUCAUCGACCCCAUGUGCCUUGAAACUUCAUGAAUCAUGUGCAUGUGUGUGCUUGCAAAUAGAGGGGCUGGUUAAGCACAAUGAUGUGCUUCGGUCAAACUUCAUCUUGGAGCUGUGAGUUGAAAGGGCACCUUUGCCAUUGUUCCCAACCUUCCAAGCCUUCCCCAUAGGUUCAGCAGUGUUUACCUGUGCCUUGGUUGGGGUGGUGGAUGUGUAGGUCCUGCUUUUGGGUCUUGAUGGGCAUCUGGUUUGUUAUACAAUAGUAGUAGUAAUAAUAAUAAUAAUAAUAAUAAUAAUAAUAAUAUGUAGUAAUACCCCGCCCAUCUGACUGGGUUGCCUCAGACAUUUUGGGCAGCUUCCAACAGAAUAUAAAAAACACAGAACUUCAAACAGAUGUCUCUUAAAGUCAUAUAAUUGUUUAUCACCUUGACAUCUGAUGGGAGGGUUUUCCACAGGGCAGGUGCCACUACUGAGAAGGCCCUGUGCCUGGUUCCCUAUAACUUCACUUCUCACAGUGAGGGAACCACGAGAAGGCCCUUGAAGUUGGACCUCAGUGGACAGUCCUCUGGGGACAGGAUGACUGGACUAGAUGGGCCUUUGGCCUGAUCCGGCAGGGCACAUGUUUUUACAUACACAGUGGUAGCCACACUUCUCGUCGCUGUGGGAAAUGGCGGGAAAUUACUCCAGGCUUAGGAAGCCUGUGUUCGUGAGGCCUAAUAUUCUCUGAUUAUCUGGGAAAGUGCUUAUGUAGCUUUGUAUCCAGGCAGAAUCUGCAAGCCCUAAUGAGGGGCCCCUGCUGUGGCAGUUGCCUUCUGCUGCCUUCGUCUUUGCCAUGGCUGGGAAGAGGGCAUGAGAGGCGCCUGAUGACAGCAGUUCAUUUUCCAGGUUUCCUGUGGCUGCGGCAGCUGCCGCCCCUUGCCCCCAACUAAAAGGGCAUAAAUCUAAAAGCAUGCUGUUAUUCCCCUGACGGCCAUGUUUAGCAGACACGGCUUAUAUUUUUAUAAUACUAGGAGUCCCCUUUGGAGGGAGGAGCUGGGGCUUUAAGUUAUCAGGCUGUCAAAAUGUUUUGAUACAGCCAGAUGAUUUAAUGGCUGUAUACAAAGGCAAUUAGCUUCAUGUCACAAGUUGGCAUCAAUAGGAAAUCUGGAUUUCUUUUCAGUAAUUGCCACGGGAGGAGCUGUAUUAUUAUUAUUUUUCGCCCUUGGCGCCUCUGUCUCUAUUUAAAGGCUGAAUAAAUUAUUGCUGCUUUUCAGGGAUAUUUUCCCCUUUGGUUUUGAAGCCCCUGGAGAGAAACUUUUUAAAAGAGCUGUCUUGUUCUGCAGCACGCAACAUUUAAAUAAAUCUAGCUAGAUUUCUGUUCCUUCCAGCCUUGAGAGUCUUUUGUUUGUGAGGUCAUAGACUCUGGUUAAACCAAUGUGCUCACUGGGUGACUUCGGGCCUAAGGAUAUUUCUUGACUAACCUUCUAAUAGGGUGGUUCUGAGGAUAAAAUGUGGGGAAGAUGACCCUGCAUUAUAUGCCACCCUUUGAUGCUUGGAAUAAAUCAAUCGGUGGGAAGAUAGAAAUCAAUAAACACAGCUAUUUUACAGCAUAGAUUUCCUUUUAAAAGAAUGAUAACUGGAAGUCUAGCAUGUCUUUGUAAUAUAUUGAUUCACAGCUGUAUAGGCUGAUCGAAUAUUAUAAGGCCAGGAAUGAGGAACCUCAAGCCAGGGGCCCAGACGUGGCCCUUAGGAUCCCCUCUUUCUGGCCCCCAGGCACACACCCUCCUGAGUGUUUUUGCCUCACUGGGAUAUGUCUUUGAACUCUGGCAACGCCUCUUGCUUGCCUGGAUGGGAGGAUAGAGGGAGUGUGUGGAGAAAUGAGCCUAUUGUACAAAGAUAAAACUCACAUUGCCCACUUUUCCCCUCUGUCCCCCCUUGGUGGCAUGCAACACCUGGAAGAUUGCAAAGAAGGGAAUGUAGCCCUUGGGUUUAAAAGGAUUCCCCAUCUCAGUUGUAUGCAAUUGUAGAAGCCACCCAAGUGAGCAGUGGGGAAUUUCAAGCAGGCCUGUGCAGAGAGGGGCAGGCAGCCAGGUAAACCUGCCCUGGGUCUUGGAGGGCAAUGUUGGUUGGGGUCCCCCGCCGGGGGCCUCCAAGACGUACACUGUCGUGCCAAGAACAAGACUCCCACCCCAGGUCUCGGACGAGAUAUGCAUAGGCCUGGUUCCAACACAGCCCCGUUCUUCUUUCCGUCCCUGGUCUGGAUUGGCUUUCUUACAGCCAGACCUGAAACUACUUAGCCUUCAUUGCCCUCUUUGCAUAUACAUGCUCAGGGACAGAACUGGCUUCACUCUCCACCCUGGCAAGAGUGCUUGGGUGGUUCUCUUUCCAAGUUUCUGGAAGAGUUACCUGACCCUUCUUGCCAAUUGCUCCCUGUUAACAUAAACAUCAGAAGCCCAAUGCAGCAGAAACAGUUAAAAUACAAAGCUGCAGCACAUGCCUGCUUCUUAAAAGUUGGCUGGUCUAAACGAAGAGCUAUUGUGGCCUUUUCUGAAAAACUGUCUGUCUUUUGGGUUUCUUCCUUUACUUUACCUUUUUACCUAAAGGAGGCUCUUGGUGCACUGAUGCAAGGGAAUGAAUUUGGUGGUGGUGCCAGUGACUUUGAUCUCAGAUAUGUAGGAUUCAAGUCCUUUAGUGCUUUAUAAGUUAUAACUGGCUGUGAACUGUGCCUAAAACAAUGUAGAAAGCCAGUACAAAUCCUGGAUCAUUCUAGCUAGUUUACCCUCAGCAGAAGGCAUCCUUCCAUAUCAUGGUUGUGUACACUUGUGAAGAGAUCCAUGACUUGGAGCAUGGAAGACAGAUUGAGAGUCUGUGGGUAAAAAUUGUAAGAGAGAAACAACAUUGGCCUUACUGUGUGUGUCUGUUACAGAUAGCCAGGCCAGACUGAAGACUUGAAUGAUGCCUUCCUACAGCAGAUUACCAAACAUUCAAAAAGGAGAGAGAGUAUAGUCAUGGUAGACUUAACUACCCUGAUAUCUGUUGGCACUCAAGUAAGGUCCAACAGAUUCCUCAGUUGCCUUGCUGACAAUUUCAUCUCUGAACAUUGCUGAUUUGGUAGCCCUACAUUGUACAUCACAAAAGCCUUUCCUAGAUCUUGCGAAAGUAUGAAUUAUGACUUUUCAGGUGGGACUGAGUGUUCUGGGCUUUCAUGUCAGAUGGAAUCAGUGGGAAAACUCAAAUAUAUCAGUGGAUCUAGGAGUGUUGCAAAGGUGAACAAGAAUAAAAUAUUAAGAGGGGUUAGAUCACCCAACUGUGAUUGAUUUCGCCAUUCCUAAUGUCAUCUGCCACCCUCUCCUCACCAAAGGGAUCGUGCAUCAACUCGUCCAGACUGAGGAAGAAAGAGAGAGCACCUUUUGAGUAGAUUUGUUACAGUACCCUGAAACAGGUUUUUCAACCUGGUGCCCUCCAGAUGUUGGAUUACAAUUUCCAUCAGCGCUGAUCAUAGUCCCUGUUGGCUGGGGUUGUUGGGAGUUGGGGUCCAAAACAUGGGGAGGGAACCACUUUGGUGAAAGCUUCUCUAAAAGUAGGGCCAAAUCUUUAUUAAAAAGCUACAGACUGCAGUUAGAAGGAUAUGUUUCUCCAAGCUGUGUGAAACUGCAGUUACAUAGUCCUUCAAAAAUAACAAGCAUAUUAGGAUCUUAUACCUAAAAACUAGACUUGGCCUCUCUUGAUUCUCCUUUCUUAAUGAGGCUUGAAAACUGGCCAAAGGAGUCUUAGCUGUUUGGAAUUUUUUUGACCUGACAGAAACCCUUAAUUAACAGCACACACAGUCAAAAAGGGAUUCCUUAACAAGAAAUUCAGACCAAUGCUAAUGAAUCCAGAGACACUUGAAUCACUUGCAAGGGGGAGAGAUCGUUGUUGGUUUGCCAGAAAAUGAACUUCUGUCAUUUAUUUGAAGACCAUUGGUCCCCAAAGGUUUCAGAAGCAAUGAAGUUCUGCUUUAACAGCAGUUCCAAAAUUCUUCAGUGUGCUUAACUGUGCCAAGCGCUCGUCUAGUAAAUGCAGUAGCUCACAACUUCUUCAUUGUGGAACUGUUAGGACAAUGCAUUGCAUUAUGCAGAUAUCUGGUCACUGUCUCUUCGAGCUCUUGCCGUCGGGUCGGAGAUACAGGACGAUGAAGACAAGAACGAGCCGUCUUAAGAACAGCUUCUUCUCCAGAGCGAUCUCGGCCCUGAAUGGGAAGCCUGGACUUUGAAAGUCAUCUAAUCUCCCUUGCUGUAUUAUACUGCAUUGAUUAAUUAGUGUUUUUAUGGAGCAGUCAAGUAAUUUCGUUGUCCCCGAAGGGGGCUAUGACAAUAAAUAUAUUAUUAUUAUUAUUAUUAUUAUUAUUAUUAUUAUUAUUAUAUCUGAAGAACUCUUCUUUGCUGAUUUUGUACGUGUGUGCAAAUUUCACACAGCAUUUCAGUUAAUUCAUGUUUUGUUCCUUACCUUGUCUUCCUGUAAGGUGAAUCAUUAUGACUAAACUUUAUGGGUAAAAGGCGUUUGUGCCCUUCCAUCUCUAGAAGAUAUUUAGGUCUAGCAGAUGCCUCUACUAUUAUUAAUGGGGGGAGGUGGAAUACUUCGGAAAGUUAAGCCUUAGAAGAAGCUAGAGAUGGCACAAAGCUUCUUUCAUCUUGUUACUCCAUUUGCUUUUUGAAUCUCCACUUGCUUUUGUUUAGCUUAUUUUGUUGUAACCUGUGGUAGUGGAGCUGAUUUUUAUGGCUGCUCUUAGAGCUACCAUUUUAUUUCCAAGAGUGUCCUGGAACAACUUAACAUCCCAGGAAAGUAAAAAGGCAAUGUCUGGGAGUGGCCACUGAUUAUUUCACUCUUGCACUACCACUAGAGAUCAAGGCACCUUCCCCAAAGGAUGGCAAACAGUAGCAUUUGUUUUAUAAUCACUGGAAGUAGAACCAAAUGGGCCCAAUUCAGUUCAAAUUUUGUUCUGCACCAAAUCAAAUGCAUAUUAUAUACCUAGAAGGAGGAUAGUAAAGAGGCUGGGUUAUUUACUGCAAGCAGCGGAGCUGUUUCUGUAGUGUUGAAAGGCAGAAAACGUCGAGCGAGAAUCCUUUCCAUUUUAAUGCAGUGUUUUAAUUGAAUGGAGAAGAGUGUCUGGGAGUGUUAGAAUGGUUUCAUCUUAAGAACAAUAGCACAACUGGUUUUGACCUGGUUUCAUAUGCUCAAGGGUUAAACUGAGCUACAAGACAGCUGCAGCUCCAGACAAUAUCAGGGUCUCUUGAGUUCACUUUGCUGAUUGUCAGGACAGAUGAGCCUACACACAAUAGCAGAUUUUCCUCCUUUCAUCCAUUACACUUGCAUCUUUCCCCUUCCAAGGACCUCAGGGUAGCUUAUAUAUGAUAUUCAGGCUGCGCUUGGGACCAGAGCCGCUUACAGCACAAUGCAUCAUUCUGGUCUUUUGCCAUUUUCAUUGACCUCCAGUUUGUUUCCAGGCUGAAUUCAAAAUGCUGCUAUUAACCUUUUAAAGUCCUAAAUGGCCUUGGCGUAGGAAAGUUACAACGGCUGCAUCCUCCAGUGUGAGCAUGCCUGAGCCUAAAUUUCAUGUCCUCGCUUCCCUCUUAACAUAAGGCAGAUGGCUAAAUGUGACAGGGCCUUCAUGGUGGUUGCCCACAGGCUCUAGAGUCUGAAUUUGUUAGGAAUUUUGCCCACUGUUGGAGGGUCAAGUCCCUCUUUCAGACAGCCUCAGUGUCAUGGAAAUACUAAUUGCCCAGUGUGUUGAUGGUGUCAUUAUACAGCUUAGUCACUAGGUGGAACUGGACUUGUGGGUACCUGGGGUCAGGUGUUUCCUGUUGCUGUUCUCUUGUCUGAGAGACAGUAAAGUUCUUGUCUGGCUUCCUGACUGGUGCAUUCUUCCCGCCUUCCAUAAUGUUCACUUGUGAGUGCUGUUUUCAAUUUCCCUUUACAUUAUGCUAUAAUUCUUGUUUUGACUGUUUCUGAUUUUGAUAGUUGCCAUGGGAAGUAAUAUAGGAAGAUGCAGUACAAAUACGCCCCCCCCAACCCCCAAAUAAUUUCAGUAGCAAAACUAAUGUAUGCCUUCAGACAUUCAAAGUUUGCGUAAACCGGACCACCCUCGGAUACCCUUUUAAAUGUACAUUAAUGGUUAUUUCUGCUCAUUACGGUACUGGGAUGGCUAUACACGAUCCAGUUUCAUGGUGGACAAUACUGCUCCAUUUCCAGUCAGUGCAUGUCCCAUAACGUGCUGCAGAAAACUUUUUUGUUCCAUGAGCUGUGAUUCCAAGUGACUUGUAUUUCAAUACAUAUUGUCUCUGGCAGUAGAGGUAGAGCAUAGCUGUUGAAGCUAGCAGCCAUUGAUUGCCUUUUUCUACAUGAAUUUGUCUAAUUCUCUUUCAGAGCCAUUCAGAUUGUUGACUUAACACUAACUCUUGUUGGAGCGGAUUCUAUAAACCUUGCCUUUUUAAAAAAGCCUUCCAGCUAGCGAUCAUCACACCUUUUGUGGCAAAUUCUGCAAAUGCUCCCUGGUUGCCAAUAGCAUGCCACAGGGCCAUCUUGGUAGUGGUUCCCUCAAUGAGAUGCCCUCUCUGGUGAGAUGUGGCUGUCUGCUUUGUUAUUAACAUAUGGGAAGAAUUUAAAAACAUUUCUGUUUUCCCAAGUGCUUUAUGGUUCUGGCAACCAUGAAAUUAAUUAGCUGUGAGGACAUAAUAACUUUGUAAUUUUCUUAAUGCUUUCAUAUGUUUUUAAUUAUUUUAUUUUUAAUUGUAUUGUUUUGCUGCUUUGGUGUUUGCCACAUGGCCUCCUUUGAAAGUUAAUAAAUGAAUAAUUUCAUUGAACUGGAGAUGCAAAAUGUCAUGUUUUUGCUUAAUUAUUAUUAUUAUUAUUAUUUACUUCUAAUGCAUGCUUUUGUUUGGGAAAGAGUGAAAGAAUAUAAUACCACUAGAGAUAUGCACCUGUAUUCUUUUUCCUUGUUUGUACUAAUAUGUCAGAAUGCAAUUGAACUUCUGCUUUGUCCAAAGUUCAAAAGCUUUCUGGAGCUACCAGGGAAUAUUAAAAAUAUGAAGAACUUGGCAGGCACAUGCUGUAAGCACCACAAAGCAAUAAGAGCAAGAUGUUUAAAGAUCUGAGUGAAACUGUAUUGCAACUUCCCAUUGUGGCAGUGGUCUAAUAGUCCUGGAAAAAUUAAUGCUUAACAUAUCAACCUGGGAGAGAAAGCAAAAAAGGUCAUGAGUCAUAGUAUUGCAUAUGAAAGCUAUACACUGAGCAAAAUCUUUAUAACAGGAGUCUUGCUGGGUCAGACCAAAGACCUAUGUAGUAGAGCACUCUGUUCUCAACCAGAGGCCUGUAGGAAACUGAAAAGCAGCCACAUGGACCGAUCUAAUGUUUUAACUCCGUUAGAAUCUCAGCAGUAGCCAAUACCAGCUUAAUAUGUGUUUGCAUUUUCUUCUAACAGACUUGAAUGGCCAUCUGUAUUGAUGACGAUGAUGCAGUGUGACCGUUUUUCUUGCUCUGCUUUCUAGUGAUACAGGAAUCUGGAAUGCCCUGGGUGGAAACUAAACGCCUGGAAGUAGAGUCUUGCUUGAGCCCAUAAUAAGAGGUUACUUCACUGCAAUCAGAGUCAGUUUUAUUGCAGUUGUAUUUUAGCAACCAGCCAUUGUACAAUUUCAGUUAACUAGGUUCUCUGGUCAUUCAGGUUCAUAUUGGACACUAAUUUAGAAAAUAAAUGAUACAGAAUUAUGAGGAGGAGUAAAAAAACCAAACCAAAUACAUUGGGUUGGUUUAAUUUAUGCUUGAUACAGUUAAAUAUAGUGCAGAAGGAAAAAUCUAAGCUGGAAAUUUCACAGGUACAUCCGUUAGGACACUUUUCUAAAGCUGCUGCAGUAAUUUUUGCUGAUCUAAAUGUGAUAUGCAUGCAAAUGCAGGACAGUGGACGCUCGGGUUGCGAACGUGAUCCGUGCUGGAGGAACGUUCGCAACCUGCAGUGCCGCAUCUGAGCACAUGCGGGUCACAAUUUGGCGCUUCUGCGCAUGUGCAAAACACCGAAACCCGGAAGUAACCCAUUCUGGUACUUCCGGGUUUUGGCGCGUCCGUAACCUGAAAACGCGUAACCCGAAGUGUCUGUAACCUGAGGUAUGACUGUACUUUCCUGAGCCUGGUUCCCCCUCCCCCUGAAUUUUCACAAUAGUGCUUACAUACAUUUAGCUUGAAGUUCCAUAUACAUAUUGUACUUCAAUAAAAAAAGUAACAUCUUCCACCAUUUGCCAGUUACAGACACCCCCUAACACUUGGAAUGAUGUUUCUUAUAGGUCCAGCAUAUGAGAUGGUGGUUGGGCUUCUAAGACAGUGGUCCAGUUUCCAAAUGACUUUAAACCACAGCUAUGCUUAAGUAUGGCUUAAAGGUGAAUGUGUUGCAUGCUGGUACAUAGGGAGAAAAUGGUGGGCAUUUUGCUCUUCCCUUGCUGCUGUGCUAUCAGGAGCUAAGCCAUGGUUUGGCUUAAUGUUGUGCCCUGUAGCUGGACAGAUGGUUGCCUCUCCUCAAACAAACCAUGGGCUGUAAGCAAGUUUUGUUAUUGGCAAAUCACGAACUUUUUGGAUGUAAACCUACCAAUGGCUGUGCUUUUUGGAUGUAAACCUACCAAUGUAGAGUGCGGUGGGCAUGGGGGAGGAAUGAAGUGGCCACAAUUUUCUCCCUGUGCAUCAGCACACUGCAUAUUCAGCUUUAAAACAAAGCUAACUGGUUUAAAGUGGCAUGUGAGCAAAGCCUUCCUCAGUGAAAUGAAUCAAGAAAUAGUGUCAACCCUGGAAGGAAGGAUAGUCCAGCAACAGAAAAGAAGUCAGUAACAGUCCCCAGAAUACUACAAAACUAAGCGCAGUAGCCUCUACUUCAGCACACAAUUUAAGAAAUGGAGGAACCUUCCCAAAUUACCACUUGGCAAGCUGAUGGAAUGCAUCCAGUGAUUUAAAGGCAGAGCACAAUUCAGCCUUGGCUUUUCCCUAGGUAUGUGAAUUGUCCAUCAAGCCACUUCUUUCUGUUACGUAGAACAGGGUAGCUAAUCUGUUGCUGAACUCUACAACUCUUGCCAUCCCUGACCUGUGGCUAUGUUGGCUGGGAAAUCUCUGGAUUAGCCGCCCCUGAUGUAGAAAGAUCAGUUGUGAGCAAAUGCCAUUUGCAUUGGCAAUCAGCCAGGUUUUGAAGACACACCUAUUUUACACAGGCAUUCCUCUGCUCUCUUGACUGGAGUCUCUCACUUUUAAUUUAUGAUGUAAUUGCUGUGUUUUAAUGGGAUUGUUUUAUUGCACAUUUUAAUAACUGUCAUUUUAUACUUUUAUGUUUUAAUAGGUCUGUUUUAUUGUGUGUUUUAAUUACGGUGCAUGUGUGUUUUAACUAAGCUGUGCAGCAACUGGUUUUUAUGUUUUGUAUGAACUGCCUAGAAGCCACUGGGCAUUGAACAAUAAAUAAAUAAGGCACGCAUGCUUCUAUGGUCAGUUCAUCAACUGCUGGGCUUCAGAAGGAGCAGCUCUGAAGGGCACUGUGUCUAUGACCUAUAUAUAGCUAUAAUACUUAGUUUAUAAAAGUGGAUUUGAAAGGUUAGGCAAGGUAGACCAUAGUGUAGCAACCAAAUGAGUCACCUAUAGUUUUCUCAAAAGAGCAGAAGAUUAGGAAGGACCCCAGUUCCCAAAUACCAGAAGCAUGGUGGUAGCAGCAUGCUAUAUAUGCGUGAACUUUAUGCUGCUGACAGCACAUAGGAACAAGAGCCCCAGGGUGAAUGAAGAACUUUAUGAGCACGAGGGCCUGGGCCUUCUCUUCUGCCAAUUCCUAUAGGAUUAAAAGAGAUGUAAGAAGAGGAGAUUGGAGUCUGGUGGCGGAGGAGGUGACCUGUGGACGGUGAAUGAGCCAGGGAUGGAGGGCAAACCAGGAAGAACAGGAGGCAUUGCAGGUGGGUAGGAGAGGCCAAGGGGGUUUGGUACUUUCCUCCCUCCCCCAAUCCCUUGCAGCCCACUGCUUGCAAGACCCUUUGUCCUCCAAUUCAGAAACUAGAUUAUUUGUAAGGUUGAGAACAUCUGUAGAAGCUGAAGGCAGUUUGACCUGAUAAGAGGAACAUUUGAAGCUAAGUACUGUCAAAUAUUAAACAGCUUUAGUAAUGAAUAUGUUUUUGCCUCUUACACUGGAAUGCGGCCUCUGGGAUGAAAAAAAGUCCCCUACCCCUGCUUUAGAAUCUCUGUUUGUGUUUUGCAGCCAGAGCUGCCUACAGAAGGUCAGAAUGAAAACAAGUGUCACCAAGGCUGCAUGCAGCAUAGAACUCGUUGCUCAUCUGACAGUGGAAGUUUCGUUACAUAGCUCUGUCGGGUAAACUGGAGCCACUAAAUAAACAUUCUGUAGAGUAGUAUAUGUCUUGAAUUUAUGCAUGCUUCUUGUAUUCAGAUCCCAGUGCUUUUCUGUUAAGAGUUUCCCAUAAUUUUUAUUGGUGAGGAAAUUCAAUACAUAGUUUGCUGUGUUAGGCAGGCAUGUUCCCACUUGUUUGGCUUCCGUCCGUUUUUUAAAAAGACAGCUGUGAAACAACAGCUGCUUGUGCAUAUGAUGACCGUGUUGAAUCCUGGUAAUUGGAGGGGCAUCGCUCAAGGGCAGUGUCUUUGCUUUACGUUUUUCCUCCUUCUGUUGCAAGUUUUAUCUUUCUAGGUGGGCUAUCUAUGCCUUGACUAUACUGUUUGUUUUUUAUCACCUGAGCCAGAGGGGCCCCUGUCUCCAUGAACAUGGUGGGCUCUGAGGCAUAGGGAGCAGCGGGAGUGGCACUCUAGGAGGCUGAGGCAGGUAAGGGCCCACGACCCAGCUACCUAGCUGCCAGGUGGGGCUCACUAGCUCUGAGGAAGGUCUGUGAUUCCUCAGUUGGAGUAGGCUUGGAGCAAGUGAGGGUCACAUGCCUCAUCAAGUCCAAAUGCUACAGUCAGCAUGCAAAGUAUAAAAGGGAAGCAGAGCUGAGGUGCUGGGUCUGCUCAACUUCCCACAUUGGUUGGACGAUAGUUUGGAUGAUCCAGAGAACUCUUCGGGACUUUGUGUGUGACUGAUCUCCAGGUGCCUUGACCUCUGGAUUGGCAGCAGAGGUGGGAACCUGGCCUGGCUGGACUUUGGACCUGUUAGCCUGCCAGGCUGUGCACUAGCAUCUGCCGUGGGAUCGUGCACUCCAGCAGGGUUUUUGCCAUCAGGUACCCCUUGGCGCUGUGGAUUAAACCACAGAGCCUAGGACUUGCCGAUCAGAAGGUCGGUGGUUCGAAUCCCUGCGACGGGGUGAGCUCCCGUUGCUCGGUCCCUGCUCCUGCCAACCUAGCAGUUCGAAAACACGUCAAAAGUGCAAGUAGAUAAAUAGGUACCACUCCGGCGGGAAGGUAAACAGCGUUUCCGUGUGCUGUUCUGGUUCGCCAGAAAUGGCUUAGUCACAUUGGCCACAUGACCCGGAAGCUGUACACUGGCUCCCUUGGCCAAUAAAGCAAGAUGAGCACCGCAACCCCAGAGUCGGUCAUGACUGGACCUAAUGGUCAGGGGUCCCUUUACCUUUACCCCUUGGUUCAGGACAAUUGGGUAGAGAAGUAUGGUCCUACUUCACACCACAAGUGUUCUACACAUGGGUAACUUGUGAAUAGGCCUCUUGUUGUGAGACUAGAGCUGUUAAAAAGUAUGCCUCAGUUUUCAUCAAUCAUAUGUUGCAUGAUAUGAUAUUGGGCCACAAUGGAUUUUUUCUUCCUCUGCUACCAGAAGCACUAUUUCUCUGAGUUCCAGUUGCUGGGAAUCACAAGUGGGAGGAGUGCUGUUGCAGCCGGGUUCUGUUUCUGGGCUUCCCAUGGUUUGACACUGUUAAAACAGGAUGCUGGACCAGGUGGGCUACUGACCAACUCUGGUGGAGCUCAUCUUACGUUAUCCAUGUAGUCCAGUCAGUUUUACAAUGAUCUUAGCAUUACGUGCUGAGGGUGGGGUGUGUGUGUGUGUGUGUGUGUGUGUGUAUGUGUAUGUGUGAGAAUAUUUUCUCUCUUUCACAAAGUUUUCAUGCAUUUUUUUUAUACCCCCCAAAUCCAGGAUGAAACAGACCUAUGAACUGAGCACACGCAAAGCUGAAAUGGAGUAGAAAUAGGCUGAUUUGACCAUCUCCGUGUGGUGUACAAUUUGCCACUCGAGGCCCAAAUCAAAAUAAUAUGCUGCAGUGAAAACAGAGUGUGGACCUUUAAUUGCAGCCAGUGAAAAAUGUAUGACUUGACCUAAUUCAUUUACAUACUAAUUGUGCCAGACAUUUCUUUUUCUUUUUUUAAAAAGCUGGUUUCCUAGGAAACCGGUGCCUUUAUGCCAGUGCAGUAAUUGUAUGGAGGCUGCUGUGUGCCUGACGCAUUGUUCAUUUGUGGACAAAAGGCAGUGAAAGGGGGGGAGGAAGGGGUGGACUCGUAACAAAAUGGGCUGACAUUUUUAUUUUGCUAGCCCAUUAGAUGUCCUGUUUUCCCAUGUGCUGCUAAUAAAGAUGUGUUUGUAAAGUAAACGGAACUAAAAGUAGAAGCCGUUUUGUUAAAUAGACCUGAUCGGGGCUACAUUUUGGGGCACUACUUGACAAACACUGAAUGAAUCUUAAGUCAAACUGGACUGCUCCUGCCUGAAGGGAAAGCACAAAAAAAGUUAAAGUAGUGCUAAGAUUUUUAAUAGCUUGAAAUCUCGAACUGAAACAGGUUCGCGUUUCUUUCAGCUUGUCAUGCCUUUCUUUUCUUUUUUUGGCGGGUGUAUGUAUAUGUUUUAAUUUUUGGCCAUGACUGUCUUAUAAAUUGUGGCAUUUAUGAGAGUCAGUUUUAUGCUGUGAGACCAAAAGGUGAGAGAAUAUGGCAAGUAGAGUUUGGAACUGGCCUCGGAAGCAAACAGCUUUUUAGUCUCUCUUGCUUACGUGUCAUAGUUACCGUUUCAGGCUUUCAGGUGUCUAGAAAAUGCAUUUAAACUAUGCAACCCUCAUGGAUUUCCACAUACAUGCAAUAUAGCCAUGUACUAUAGAUUAAUAGGAGGGAAGCAAAUGUUACAUCUGAAGACAUUCAUUUCUACCUUUCUCUGUUCCCCAUCCCUGCAGAAGUUAAGAGACUCCCUGGAGCAGAAUUUUUUGGGGGUAGAUUCAUGUGGAAGUCCUGUUUGCACAACUAGAAAUCCUUUCAUUUCUUGCAUAGAAAGCACUGGGUUGUAGCCCAAAUGUGUGUGUGUGUGUGUGUGUGUGUGUGUGUGUGUGUUUUUGUUUGUUUGUUUUUCCCCAGUCGGGUACUUUAAAAUGCUCUUGAGGUGUAAUGUGGGAAAAGAUACACAAUGGUCUUUUUUUUUUAAAAGGAUUUUUCUCCUUUGUACACUUAAACUAUUUCCCCACCUCCAAAACUGUAUGCAGUUUAGUGAAAAUGCUCUGUGCUUUUUUCUGAUUGUACUCACUGAUAGAGUAUGAUCAUCUCUCCCCCCCCCUCCACUCGCUGUCCAUGUCAGCCAUUUUGUGUUGGUACCCGUGGCAUUUAUUUUUUUAAAGAUGUGAGUACUGGCACUUUACUUGUUUUUUUUAACCAAAAAAGUGUGCAUUAUACAAGGGCUGACCCAAUACAUUUUGGCACCUGAGAGAAACCACAAAAUGGUGCCUCUCCCUGACCUCUAGCCAGGGAAAAAUUAGAUUAGCAUGGAUUAGCCUUAACGUUGGUCUUGUUUGUACAUCAUCAUAAACUAAAGUGACUGGUUUACUUUCAGUGCAUUAGCCUUCCCUGUCCUGAUCCUUCCUAUUGUGUUCAGGAGGAACAAGCAAUGAUCCCCGACUAAAUGUUAUGUAUACACCAAGGAAUUACAAACCAUGAUAUGAAGCCAUGGUUUGUUCUUGGCUUCCUGACCAUGGUUUGCUUGGAAUGAAACUAAUAAUGGCCUAAGUUUGGCGAUACCACUAAGUCAGGGGCUGUGUCUCCGAUGCACUGGGAGGUGGGUGAUCAAAUGGGCAUGUUCACAGUAAAUCCCUUCGCUAUGGUUUACUGUGAAAUGUGAACACCCUUUUUCUUUUCUUUCUAACUCCUCUUUCCAAAGCUUUGUGUCCAGAAACAACUAGUCAUUGUCUCAUUUCCUGGUAAUUUUCAUGAACAUCACAUUUUCAGUAGUUUGUGCAUCUCUUCUAAAUUUUAAGGAACUCCCUGCCCCCAGCAGGAUGUUUCUUUGGUGAGAUGUUCUCAAGUGAACGGUAAUGUUUUUGGAAAUGUUUUCACAGGCAGUGUUUUUGGAAAUGUUGAGUUUGUGUGUCUACUGACAAUGCAUUCCAUAAGAAUGAUGGAACUGUUUGAAAGGGCAGGAAACAUUACCGAGUUUUGUUUUGUUUUAAAUUUAUUUAUUGAUACUUACUCAAAGAUACACAAAAAUACAUACCCAUUACGAAGUAUCUUUUUAUAAUAUACUGAGAUAAAACAGCUACUUAGUCUGUAAGAGAACAAAGUCAGGAGGAAGAAAAGACAAGGAAAGGAGAAACCUAAAGAAAGGGAAAGCGAGAAAAAAGGAAAAGAAAGGAAAAUUAGAGAAGGAGGAGGACUUCCGGUUCUCUGUCCUGCAGCUACAUAUGAUAUUCAUUCCUUAAAACUGAAACGUUGCCAAGUUUUUUUGCCUCACCCCUUUGCUUUCCUGCUGAACAUGGAACCUUAGUCCAUAUGGAUGAAACCAAUUUUGACUUGGCUCUGUGCAGCUUAAAAAACUUCAGGCGAUGUAAAAUGUUGGACGGGAUGGUCAGAGCAUGUUGCUCUCCUGCUGUUCGAUCCACACUGGUUGCUUUUUUGGUCUCUUAAUUUCAACUUAGGGUGCUGGUAGUUGCCAUCUUAAAGCCCUUGAGAGGCUUGGGAGCAAUGAACCUAGUUGCCUUAAGGCCUAUAUUUUCCUUUGUUCUCUUCAACAUGUUUAGCCACUGUUGUGUGUUCCUUCACACUCUGCGACAUGCCAAGUGGGUCCAAGGAGCAAGAGCUCUUUAGGGGCACAUACCUUCAUGCUUCCUAGGUAGGCCUGCAAGACCCCGAUGCUGAAUGUUUUUUAGAUGUCUGGUGAAAAACACAGCUUCUCAGAAAAGUCAUUGUCAUUGGCUAACAAUGAAUACUUGCUGUUGCUGUGCAGCUGUGGCCCUUCUACUGAUCUGUUUGCUGGUUUUGUGACUUUAUUUUUGAUGGUUUUAUCAACUGAAGAAAUCUGUGUUGUGUUUUAUUCGUUUAUUGUUGUAGCUGCUUUCCUUCUCUGGAAUGAUAAAGCAGGAUAGAGCUUAGAAAUACGUUUAAUCUCCCAAAAAAGGCAAAAAAAUUGGGAUAAGUACAAGAAAAUGAACAGUGGCAGUUAGAAAGUGUGCUACAACUGGAUUUGUGCAUAUGAAAAAAUCUCCUCAUGAGAGAUAAGAGGGAAGAAAAAGCCCUUUGUUGUUCACAUUACAGACAGUACUUGCAAACUUUUGGAAAGCGCAGUGUUGAGAACAAUGAGUACUUUUGGGAGGGCAAAGAAAAGCAAAAUGUUCGGGUCCAUCUGUAGCCAGUUAAUAUCAUGUCACUCCCUUUUGUACAGUGGGUGUUUAGUUUAUGAAUGAGUGAGUUGUAUCUGAAAUGCCGGGCAAGGUCAUUGCUCAUCUUCCUCGCUGUGUCCUCACCAACCACCUACCCAGAAGGAAGGGAAGAAGCUUCUCAUAUUUUUCCCUUGAAAGAAAAACAUUGCAAUAUAUAGUUAGCACCCACAGUGUUCUGCGUGAACUGUAACAUGGCAAUUUACUCUAGAUUAACUUUAAUCAGCGUGAGCAGUGUGUCGAAUGCAGAACUCUGUGGCAUACCAACAGUAACUGUUAUUACCGUACACAGCGCUUGGCAUUUUUUGUUCUGCAGAACUUGAACCAUUGUUUUCAGAAGAGAAGGGGGGCAGAAAAUAAACAGAGGUGGUGGACCAUCCCAAGUUUUACUUGGCACCAGAGUCAUGAAAAGAACACAAUCUGCCUCGGAUCCUCAUGUUAACUCUUCUUUCUUAUAUUUUAACACUAUAAUGCAUGUGGUCAGAACGCUACUCCUAAAACUGUGGCGUCUAUAAAUUAGAUAAACCACUAACUAGCCCGCAUACCAGUCGCAUACAGGUAUCCAUGUAGAAAUUUGAAAGUUUUCGUGUGUACUUUUUUCCAUAAUAAAAUAUAUGGUUCCCCACAUUUAUUGAGGCUAAUUUUUGCCUAUAUGGAACAGCUGCUGCCAGCUGUUGUCUAGUAUUUCUGCGUAGUAUUCAGUGUAUUAACCUAGAACAGUGGUUUUCAAACUCUCUGCUAGGGAACCCAGAAAAGCCUACCAAGUUUUAUUCAGUGAGAAGAUUAGUGUAACUCUGCUAAGAAGACUUGCUGAUUGCUACUACUUUAUUUCAUUUUUUACUUUGCGAAACUUAUUUGAUCGUAGUAAGACCUCUAAGGGAUGUACAGUAAAUGUGAAAAUUAUCAAUAGUAUUCCCUUUCCUGCAUCAUGUACCUACCAAUAUCCUAAGAUCAACACCUGGGGCUUUCUGCAGAGUGAGGCUCAGCCCAAGGGAAAGGGUAAUUUCAGUUGUGGGCUCCCACUUGCUCAACACUACUGUCUUUUGGCAUCAACUCCCUUACUUCAUGGUGGUAUAUGAGGACUGAUGAUUGUUGUUGUUUAGUUGUUUAGUCGUGUCCGACUCUUCGUGACCCCAUGGACCAGAGCACGCCAGGCACUCCUGUCUUCCACUGCCUCCCGCAGUUUGGUCAAACUCAUGUUCGUAGCUUCGAGAACACUGUCCAACCAUCUCAUCCUCUGUCAUCCCCUUCUCCUUGUGCCCUCAAUCUUUCCCAACAUAAGGGUCUUUUCCGGGGAGUGUUAGUUGACGGUUUUUGAUUGGAAUUUUGAUAAUUGGCUAUUGCUUCCUCCAUGUUCAGAGGCCUGUCUAUUCUAAAGAAGAUAACCGUCAUAUCCAGUGCUCUGCCCACUUUGCCUCUGGCCUUGCAUGUCUUUUCCCUCUUGGGCUUAACAGGUCCCCUACCCUUGCAAUAGUGUGUUUGCUUCAAGAUCCCCAUCUCUUUGCCCGAAAGAAUUGCCAUAUGCAUUCCUCUUUUAUGAAAUGACUGUUAAACCAAAUUAGACAUAUUAUAAGAGAAUGCCUAUGGAUCUCUUUUUGCACUGCUAGUUUCUUGUACGAGGGCUGUUAGCGGAGUGCAGGAAUGCAAUUUUAAAAUGGGCUGGUUAGCAGCAGUCUAUAAUCUCAUAGGAGACAGGCUUGCAGGUGUAUGUAGAAAAAGCUCUCGCAGCUUAGUCCCAACUUCCUUAUUCAGAACUAAGCUUAAUCAGGCUCUCUGCUAAGUAAGUCUGCAGUCCUGUGCACACUUGAAAGCGUAGCUGUUGCCCAGACUCCCCCCAACGAUUGGACUUUUCUUGUGGUGGAGGUGCAAAAUUAAAAGAUAGCCUAAUUUCCAAUUAUUCCCGAAAAGCGUUUAAAACUUUUUGCACUCGUGAACAGGCAUCAUCUCUCUCCUUGGUCCGUGGCAUUGUGCUUGGAGGGACAAGGUUCAUGAGAAAAAUGUCUAUAAGUGGCAGGUAGUAGGAAUGUGAUUUACGGGCCGUGAAAAUCCAUUCAGCAGUGGCUGAACAUGCAGUUGCCUGUUUUGGCAUAACAGGCCCAUUGUAUUGCUGGGUUCAAGGACAAAGUGCAUCGAUUGUUGGAGGAGAUGGUGCUGGCUUGUCAUUGUACUAGGCUUGCCCCCCCCAAAGACUGCGGACAAAGGUGGAGCUGCUAUUUUAGAUGGCCACAUUAAGAGCAGUGUGUGGUGGUGCUCCUUUAAAACGCUGUGAAUAUAUAUAUAUAUAUAUAUAUAUAUAUAUAUAUAUAUGAAAUAGGCUUAAACACCUAGAGAAUUAGGAUUUAAAAUAAAAAAUAAAAAUGGGCAAACAGCCCCGGAUCAUUUGAUCUUGCCCUAGAUGGGAAUGAAUUAAGUAGAUUAGCAAAGUAGCAACUGUCUCUCUCUCCCCACCCCCCCCUUUCCUUUACAGAUCUUCCAUUCUGUAAAGAGAAAAGGGCUUUCAGCCUCAAGGGUAAGGAAGAAGACUAUUCAUUUGUAGGCGUGGGAGAAGGACGGAGGACAUGACAAAAUAAUUUAUGAGGACAGAUUGUUAACUCAUAGGCUCUCCGGAGUCUAAUGGCUGCCCUUGCUCCUCAUGAAAGAUUUGUUACACUUGCCAUCUCGAGACUGCCUUUGUCCAUUCUCCUCUUGGCUGAAAUGUGCAAUUGCACAGGACGCUGUGUUUUUAACUUGCACACGCAAAUGCAAACAUUACUGGUGCCUUCCGUGUAGAAGAUGAAUAGGCUGGCUACCUAUCCAACCCUUGUUCUACGUGGCAGAGCAGUUCGGUGAAGUCAUGUUAAUGGGAAUUUGGAGCUCUCCGCUUCCUAUAAAUUUCAUUCUGGUCUCUGGGGAUCUCUCUCCAAAGUACUAGGAAGCAAUUCUGUGACCAUUACUUCUAAGUAAGGAAGCUCUAACUCUCUUGAGAUGAAGGCAUCCUGGAAAAGAGGUGAAGAAGGCCCCACUCGAGUCAUAGAUCUCUGGCCUAAUAGAUGUUAGAAUGUCAAAUUAUUAGUGCAGAUUAAUUCAAAAGGAUGAAGGUGGGCUCCCUCGAAGAACAGAUGGUUCUCACUCUGGGUAGUUUCUGGCUUCGACAUUUUAAAGAUUUAUUCUAGCGUUAUGUAUUCUUGGUGCAGGCACUGGAUUCACCUGGAAAUGUAACCAGAAACCUCUCUAAUGUAGGGGAACAAAUUGACAUAGUUGCCCUUUGCCUUUUGAGUAUUGUGCAUUGGUUUGCAAAUGCAAAACAUCAGCAUAGGUAGGAAAAAUACCUGUCUUUUCCCAUGAAAACAGAAUCCCAGCAUAACACAUGGAUCCAAUGGUUCAGCUGUGGAGAUUUGGGGGCAUGCUAGCUGAAACAGAUCUUGCAUCCGUGGUGCAGCUGUACCAGAGGAUUUGUCUUGCUGUGUUCUUGAACAUUGUUUGCAGUGUUUUCUAAAAAGAAAAAGAAAACCCCCUGAAAUACUGGUGAAUGAAAUAAAAAUUAAGCUUCCUAUUAUAAGGAACUAAUCAUUAUGUGACUUGAAAGGAACCCUUUGUUGUAAAGGACUCCAGCCUCAGAAAAAUAUGUUUUGGAUCCUUUUUAGACAUUCAUGGUGGAGUCCGAAGAAGACUCCAGUAUCAAACUUUAUUUCGGUCACAGACCAGCAUAUGACGAAGACUUCAGUGAGGGUGGAGGAAGUUCUGAAGAGAGUGGAGGUACAGUGGGGCUUUGUUAAGGCUGCUCAGCCUCCCCGCCUAGCAGCUGAUGUGCGGGGUAGUGCAGCCUCCACUUUUCCAAACAUCCUCCAUCCUGCCUACAAAGCUUCAACUCUAGUUGAAGAGACAGUUAUGUGUAGAGACAGCUGGUGAGGAAGAAAAAACGGGCGUUUAGAGGCCUUUUAGAGGGUGCGCCCCACUUAUGUGAUUUUCGCUUAUGCUUUUGGGGACCCAGAACAUACCCCUGUGUUAAGGAGGGGGCGCGGGAUGCUUGUACACAACAAGCUUGCAACGUCUUGGUAUGAGGUGGGGAUUUGUAAGCAAGUCGUCCCUUUAUGUGCUUCGAGCUGAUGCAGCCAAUAGAGGACUGUACCACAUGUCCCUAUAAUUCUGAAGUGGAUAUUAACUCAUUUGAAUGGAAAUAACCUUAUGUAUUAAACAAUUGCUCUUAAACUGAACUUCAUAUGUGAGAAAAUCUAAAAUUGGCUAUGGAGAAAAUGGUAGGUGGCAAUUUCUGAAAAAUAUUGUUGACUAGUAUUUUCACAGCAGCCUGAACUGAACCAGAAACAAGUAAAGUAGCUCUGUAAAUUUAUUGUUAGAAUGUAUUGUUUUUAAAACAUUGAAAAGGAUAUGAUGAUGUUGAAUUGUGUUGGAUAAUAGAUUUAAUCAAAGAAGUGCAUUUUGCUUCCCAUAUUGCAAUCCAAAAUGGUGACAACAGUGAAUGUAUUCAGAUUCCUGGAAAAAGUGAUAUCUGUGGAAACAGAGCACUUUUUGAUUCACAUUAUUUUUUAUCUGUUUUUUGUAACUGUGGAAGUUCAUUGCAGAUAGUGUCUGAGUUUCUUAAAGAAGCCUCAUUUGUUAAAGGACACUAAAUAGGCUGGAUGCCAUGAUGCAGGGUACAGAUGUAGGCUCAAGUCAAAUAAUACUUGGCAAUAUUAUGGUCUGUAUUAUGUUCAGUCAAACUAUGACUUAAAGCUACUUGCGUGCUUUCAUGUUGUCUACUUAGAACUCUCAUCUUCUUUGAACAAUGCAGGCUAUUAGCCCUAACUAUGUAUCUUAAUCUACCCAUCAUGCCAAACCAUAAUUGGUGCAAAUCAUGGUUUUGCAAAUCCACCGAACCAUGGUUAUUGAUUCUGGUUUGGCCAUUUGUGAUCCAUGACUUUUCCAUUCUGACAGUCCAUUAAACUAUAGACCUACUUAAUCAUGCUAAUGAGAGUUGAGCCAUAUAUCAGCUGGCCACAACAGAGGCUGCCCUCAUCACCUUUCCUCAUUAUCCUCCAUGCAGUUAGUAGCACUUUUUUUUGUUUUGAUAAAGGCUAGAAAUAUCAGAAGCAUUGCCUUGUGGCAGGCGUGAGCUGCUGGAGGGAGCGCAUCCAGAGAUAAGAUAAGGUUAUCGGUUAAAUGCAGCUUUUUUUCUUCUCAGUUGAAUGUGGUUUGAAUGGUCAAGGUCACUCAUGGUUAACAAAGAGAUGCAUUAAAUGAAUGGGAUGUGUUCACAGAAGAGCAGUGAUAGUCUGCAAAGCAUAUAAUAACGUAUAUCUAUCAGGUUGUUCCCAUCACUUUCUCUAGCUUCUUCUUGUGUUUUACCAUCAGCUCUCUUGCUUGAGUUAUAUUACUAUUAUUUGUUAAUUGAGAAAUGCUUGUUUUGUGUAGUUAUGUAUCCAUGUUGAAGGGAGAGGGUUUUUCGUUCAAGAGCCAUGGCAACGAUCUAUAUCACUAUCAACCCAGCAAAGCACUGGAGGGAUGACUUUGCAGAUCAUGGGUUUGUAAAUCCACUGAAACCAUGGUUAUUGAUUCUGUUUUGGCCACUUGUGAUACACUGCUUUUCCAUUGCAGUAUCAUAUUAAACCAUCCCACCUACCCCUUUGCGAACCACCCUUCCCCAACACCUGAUCAAUGCCCCUCCCUUUGCACUUCCCCCCUCACCAUAACUUGCUAAACUGCUGUGUGAAGCACCUCGCCCCUCUGUUAAACAGCUCGCCAGAGCCACCUGUCACCUGUGCUGCUUCUUCACUUGCCUGCCUGCUGCCCCUCAUGCUGCAAUUGGAGUUCCGCACCAAUAAGCAGUCACACUAACCACAGCAUGAUGACAGCCUUAGGUUUUUAUGUAUAUAGGAAGAUAGUGUGUAUCUACACACACACACACACACACACACACACACGUCCAAAUAAAUACACUUCGCAGCGGUGGUGGGCAGAGCCGUAACUAGGUGAUCUUGCGCCCUGGCAAGAACCGUCCAGAUUGCACCCCCUAGCCACAGACAAAUUAGCUCUUCUUUCCGCUUCUCCUCCAACCCCUCCUUCAAUUCACCCUCUAUUAAAAACGUUUUCUUAUGAGGCAAUAAUCAAUAUUUUUAUUUGUAGACAUAUUUAUGGACAUAUUUUAGCUGAUUUUGCGCCCUCCUCGCCUGCGCCCCUGGCAGGGGCCCACCUCGCCACCCCUUAGCUACGGCCCUGGUGGUGGGGAAGAGCUAAAUACUUCGUGUGACUUAUAUGUAGUGCCAUCUAUUACUUUUCUUUGUUUUUUCAUAUUUGUAUAUCAUGUUUUUAGUAUCCGCUGUCAUUAUGUUUCAAGCUGAUUGAUUUGUGACACCAAACCUCUUUUGUAAUCUCCUCUCCAGUCAGGCCUCUUUCCUGUUCUUCCCACCCAAUUCUAAUUGUGUGUGACUUAGUGAGAAGAGACACAAUUCCACUGAGUCAUCUGAGGAGAUGGGGUGGGACGGGAUUUGUGUACAAACUCACAGACUUGUUCCCUGGUGUGAUUUUUCUUGUCCUCCUUUGCUCUUUGCAAGGGAGGAGAAAGGCAGGGAAUUUGCUUUUUCUACCAGGUGGAAAAUAAAAGCAACUGGUGAGAGGGGAGUGGAACGCCUUAUUGAGCUCAAAGUAUCUGGCUGGCUAGAACCCCAUUAGGAAGUGAAAAUAUGCGGCAACGUUUUGUGGCAGGGUCUGACAUGCCUUGUGUAUCACCUACACGGGGUCAAUUCAUUUUAUUCCUAUAAUAACACUGGGAAAUUUGGUAGGACAAACAGCAGUGAAACUUAAUGGCUUGACUGGAAUUUGAACCCAAGUCAAAAUCCACCAUACCAUCUGGGACACCACACCGUAAGGUUGCACAUUGAAUUCUUUUGCAGUGACUGGGCUAGGGCAGCAGUCUUCAGUCUUCUCAGACCUGGGACUCGCCUUUAGUCCAAACAAGCAUUUUGGGGACCCACUUCUUAUUUUUUUCACCAUAAAGUUAGUUACACAGUGGUUUUGCUGUGGUAGGUUGAGGUUUUUGCAAACCCGAGUUCUGUUUCUGCAUAUCUUGCAUCUCAAAGCAUGCAUGCGUUUGAGGGGAAAUGGUGUACUUGCAGAAUGCUGCAGAAUCUGUUAACAAGUCCAGUUUUUAUUAUUAUUAUUAAUUGCCAUUUUCACUGUGUGCAGGUUUGAAAGUUAGAUGCUAGAGUUAUUUAUUUUAGAUUGUAUAUAUAUUGGUAGAUUUUUCCAAGUAUUCAUUUCUAAGGUGGAAAAUUCCUAGUGUUUUGUUUCUCCCCCACCCCCACCCCCAUGUGUGUGGUUGUGUGGUUGAAAGAGAAGACAUUUUAUCUGUAAAGCAAAAUUCUUGGUUGUGGUAGAGAGAAUUAACUUACGUGUUGUUGUUGUUGUUGUUGUUGUUGUGAUAGCUGGCUUGUGUGGCCUCUCCUGUAAGCAAACCAUGUAACCCCAGAGCUUUCUCGAUUCAGCAUGAGGGAGAAGAUUAAGGCCGGCCAACUUCUAGCUUGCAGCCGUGCAGCAGAUGGUCCUCAGCAAGGCUGCGUCCUGCUCGCUUUUGUAACUUCUCUUUCAUCAAGCCAUCUGCACUUACCACAGCGCCCAUCUCCUUGUGGCUCAGAGAGAUUUCCCAAUGCUUUUUUUCCUGACCAGUGUGUGCCAGCAGAAGGGAUUAGCUGCUAGUGCUCAUUCAUUCAUGGGUGGAAAAAUACAUUGAGGUGUUGUUUUUUUACUUGAUUUUAUUUAUUUCAGAUCUUUGUAAGCCUCUUUUCAAGACUUCCCAACCUGACUUACCUUAAUAACAAGCAUGUCAUUGCAUUAAAAAACUAACAUGAAAACAUGCAAUUCGGAUUGCAACAAAACAGCCUGUUUAAUUAUGCCCGAUACAGUAAAGUUCAGUAAACUAAUUCAGAAUGCGGCAGCUAGACUGGUGACCGGGAGUCGCUGCCAGGACCCUAUAACAGCAAUCCUAAAGGAUCUUUAUUGCCUCCCAGUGCGUUUUGAAACACAAUUCAAAGUGCUGACCUUUAAAGCCCUAAACGGCCUUGGCCCAGUAUACCUGAAGGAGCAUCUAUCUCCACCCCUAUCGUUCAGCCCGGACACUGAGGUCCUCCUGUGAGGGUCUUCUGCUGGUUCCCUCGGUGCAAGAAGUGAAGUUACAGGGAACCAGGUGGAGGGCCUUCUUGGUAGUGGUGCUGAGAACUGAAGGAACCCACUGUACAGUAUUUCUCUCAGAAGGGAAUUGCAUGGGGUUGGAGCCAUUACUGAGAAGGCCCCAUCUCUAGUUCUCAUCAGCCCAAUUGAUCUUAAAAGUGGGCGCUUGAGUAAGGCCUCUGAAAUGGAUCUUAAAACACAGGCACUUUAGUAUAGGGCAGAUUAAACAGGGCUGCAACAGUUAAAGAAAUUUAAGGUAAAUUAAACAGGGCUGCAACAUUUAAAGAAAUGUUAAUCAGUAAAUCAUGUUUUAGUUGGUUGGUUUAUUGACAUCUAUAUGUAUAGGUAAGAACAAUCUUUCUUGGGCUAGAGUCUAUAGGAUUGUAUGUUGUCCUGUUGUUCUGCUUGAGCAUCAGAUUUCCACAUGUACCACAGGAAACUCCCCUUCUCUUCACCCUUACAACCCUCAAAAUCUCUCCAAAGCAUUGGAGGGACUCCUCUGGAGCAGCUUUAGGGGGACACACAGGGAGAGGAAAUUUCACAGAGAGCGGAAACACCACUCAUGCAGUGUUGAGUGCGACCCAUACUUGGGUUUUUAGGUGUACAUUUGUGGCAGCUACCACAUUAACGAUGCAACCUUCCUUUCUCAUGUUUAUUCCCUGACACUUUGCUUCCCCACUCAAUAUUGCUAAUCAUUUUGAAAUUUAUGAAGUUAAAAAAAAAAGGAAUAGUAUCUGGGUGGUGGCUAAACUUGAUUGCUGUUUUUUUAAAAAAAAAACUCAGAAAAAAGUCAAAUUACAAUAUCACAAUAGAGCUUUUUCUUUUUUCGGUAUUUAUAGAUUGCAAUUUUUUCUUUAGCACACUUAACUUUUGUGGCCCAGUUUUUGGAAUUUACAGCAGAAGCAAAUACACAUUUUAUUUAGAAAGGCUUUUCACACAACUUUAAAAUAUCUCCAUUCUCUCGGUUUCCAGUGUUAAGGUGUGUGACUAUUGUUUACAUAGCCAAAGCAGGAAGGAACCAAACAAUAAAAAUGUUGGUAGACUCCCCACUCCCCCCUCAUCUCGAUACCUUUAUCUCCAUUGCACUUUGCACAACCAUGCUAGUGUCAAGUGAGACCCCAGGUCAUGUGCAUGAAACUGCUGUUAAAUUAACAUCUGCACUACGGUCAUGAUCACACACUAGCUCCUCAGGAAAUAAAACACUGAAAACUUCCGGGUUGUUUUUCAAAAGCAGAAGGAACCACCAUUUUGGGUUAUGUAUAUCAAAUUUCGACUUUCCAUUUGGUUGCAGCAAGCAAAAGUGAGACACAGUUCAUCUGAUAGUCUUUGCAGUUGUCGUUUUUCCUUUCUUUAGGGGAUUGUACGAAAACUGCUGUGUUUUUUAGUACAGUGGUACCUCGGGUUACAUACGCUUCAGGUUACAUACGCUUCAGGUAACAGACUCUGCUAACCCAGAAAUAUUACCUCGGGUUAAGAACUUUGCUUCAGGAUGAGAACAGAAAUUGUGCGGCAGCAGGAGGCCCCAUUAGCUAAAGUGGUGCUUCAGGCUAAGAACAGUUUCAGGUUAAGAACAGACCUCCAGAACAAAUUAAGUUUUUAACCUGAGGUACCACUGUAAAGCUGGAGAAGAUCUACUCUAUGCUUUUCGUAAGGGUCCAUCAAGCAAUAAUUGCUAUUAAAGUGGAUUUGAAUACUUGAGCUGUAUUACUGUGUCUAAAAUGACAUCUGGGAAUAGACUUAACAUCUGGAAACUGCACCUCUAGACGAAUCCUUUUUGUGAUACGAAUUCAGUCAAGUGGCAACCUUAAUCACUCACCGUACCUUAAUUCACUAAUAUUUAGAAUGAGGCUUUCCUCCUGGAAGCAGUUUGUGGAGAAAGGAUCGGAUUUCAGGCUAGCCAAAUGCUUUAUAGGUGCAUGCGAUAUUAGUUAGGAAGUAUUAUGAAUUAAACAGAUGCCAUCAUCAGCUUGCUUUUCCAUGGUGGCUCUCUGUGAUUAACCACCUUGAAAACACAUCUAGAAUUGUCUCGUGGUAAGGAUAGAAAGGAUGUAUGAGGAACGACAAUCUUCCAGCAUCAUGCAGACAAACGCAUCUUGCAGCAUUAGCUUUUGUGGGCUAGAGUCCACAUUGUCAGAUGCAUAAAAUGGCUAGGUAUGUAUACCCUGUUGAAACAGCAGUAGCAAGUAAGGUCUGGGGAGUGGACAUCUUCCACCAUCCUCCUUCUCCCAAACCCUUGUAAUUUCCCCUUCCCCCCCCCUUUCCCCCCCUGAUGUAUCAAUGUUCACUUACAGUCAGCGGCCUUGAAGACCUGUUGUGAGUCAGAAGUAUAUAAAUACAGUGGUACCUCGGGUUACAUACGCUUUAGGUUACAGACUCCGCUAACCCAGAAAUAGUCCCUCGGGUUAAGAACUUUGCUUCAGGGUGAGGACAGAAAUCGUGCUCUGGCGGCGCGGUGGCAGCAGGAGGCCCCAUUAGCUAAAGUGGUGCUUCAGGUUAAGAAUAGUUUCAAGUUAAGAACGGACCUCCGGAACGAAUUAAGUUCUUAACCUGAGGUACCACUGUAUUUUAAAUUAAAUUUACAAACCGCGUGCGAGAGAGACAUGUAUUUACAAAAUUAGACCAGAAGGGUAAUGAUUGUCACCCUCUGUGGCUUAGUUCAGAUAUAACACCAAACAUUGGCUUGGGGUUAAGAGAAGUGAGCCAUAGGGAGCAUCUGGCUUGGGUUCUCUCUCUUCCAGGAGACAGGAAGCUUCUGCUUGUGUCUUAGAUUUGUGUUAAAAUGUGGUUACGGUAACUGUAGUUUGAAAACAGGCCAGCUUCUUAAACCAUGGUUUUAACUUGUUUCAAUAAACAUUACUUAACAUAUGAAUCCAGAUAAACUAUGAUUAUUAUUAUGAUGCAUGUGGUUAAUCCAAAAUGGAGCUGAAAGCUUCCAGGCUCCUUGUGGCUACACAAAAAGAGUGUGUGUGUGCAUGCAUACACAAGUCUAAGACAUGUUUGUCUUGUAAUUCUGAACCAUAGUUUAGUGUUCCACCAUCCAAACAAGGCGCCUGUGUAGCGCACAAACAAAAACAAGAUCCAUUAAACUUUCUGCUCUCCGCCGCUGAGGAUGUGUUUGAAAAGGUUUAAAUGCUUCCUCAUUGGAAAUGUUCCACCCAUACAUUAACAAUAAGGUAUGAUGAACUUUGAAAAAUCGUUUUCCAUAAUCCUAAGUGCAACCUCUAUUGCUAAAAACUUACUGUGAAAAAAGCUGGGCAUAUCCUUAUCCUUAUAUGGGCCGGGAAUUCCAAAAUGGACUCUGCAUGCAAUUUGUGUACUCCCAGUGUUUACAGACCUCCAUAUACACCAGUCUCCUUCAUCAUGCCUUCCAACCCUUUGCAUUCUUAUUGAGCAGUGCCAAAUUUUCUCCUGAAAGGCUUAUGUUGAAUGCGGAUUAGUUUGCAGCUAACUGAUUUGUGCAUUGCUGUCCCUUUAGGGGAGCUGCUUCUCUGAGGGGUUGGGUCCUAUGCUGCCCUUGACGAAGAACUGGAUGGGUUGGUCAAAUGUGCCACCAGCCCUCACAGAAAGGGUAUAUUCUCAAGGCCAUUAUUUUGCUGAAGCUAAGCAGGUUUGGUUGGUACCAGGAUGGGUGGCCGGGGACGCGGGUGGCGCUGUGGGUAAAACCUCAGCGCCUAGGACUUGCCGAUCACAUGGUCAGCGGUUCGAAUCCCCGCGGCGGGGUGCGCUCCCGUCUUUCGGUUCCAGCGCCUGCCAACCUAGCAGUUCGAAAGCACCUCCGGGUGCAAGUAGAUAAAUAGGGACCGCUUCCAAGCGGGAAGGUAAACGGCGUUUCCGUGUGCUGCGCUGGCUCGCCAGAUGCAGCUUGUCACGCUGGCCACGUGACCCGGAAGUGUCUUCGGACAGCACUGGCUCCCGGCCUCUAGAGUGAGAUGAGCGCACAACCCUAGAGUCUGGCAAGACUGGCCCGUAUGGGCAGGGGUACCUUUACCUUUUAGGAUGGGUGGCCACCUGGGAAUCACUUGUGCACUCCUCAGGUUCCAAGGCAGAAGAAAGGAGAAAGAAAGUGAUUUGUACAUAACGUGGCAAACUUUUAUUUCAUAUGCCAAUUAGAUUGACUUGCAGCACCACCCAUAUUCAGCAGCUUUGAAAAUAUGGAUGUCAUUCAAAAAAACAUUCAUGGAAGUAUUUUUGUCCAUCCAUAAAGCCUUGCUUGACAGUGAUAAUAAAUGUGGGAAAUGUAAAGAAACUGAAGGUACAUUUUUUCACCUUUGGUGGACGUGCCCAAAGAUUAAGGCUUUCUGGGAGAUGAUAUAUAAUGAACUAAAAAAGGUAUUUAAAUAUACCUUCUUGAAGAAACCAGAGGCCUUUCUCCUGGGCAUUGUCGGCCAAUCGGUGUUAAAAAAGGACAGAACUUUCUUUAUGUAUGCUACAACAGCAGCAAGAAUACUCAUUGCAAAGCAUUGGAAGACACAAGAUUUACUCACACUGGAGGAAUGGCAGAUGAAAUUAAUGGACUAUAUGGAAUUGGCAGAAAUGACUGGCAGAAUCCGUGACAAGGGAGAAGAGUCGAUGGAAGAAGAUUGGAAGAAAUUUAAAGACUAUUUACAGAAAUAUUGCAAAAUUAAAGAAUGUUAGAAUGAUGUUGGAUUGAAGUUAAGUGGUUUCUAGCUGUAUAGGUACAAAAGAAUAUGGAAAAAUUGGUUUUAAUAUGUAAAAAUCUAAUGUUACAAUAUAUCAAGAUUAAGGAUUAGGAUUAAAAAGGAGGGAAAGGAAUUGUUGGAUUAACAAAUUGAAUUGGAAUACAAAAGAGGGAGGUAUGAGGAGGUCCGGGAAACAAGUAAACGUAAAAGAAGUGAGGAAAAGAUGGAAUUGUUUUUAACUGUUUUUUCUUUUUUUUUCUACUUUGUAUUUUUCCUUUUUAUUGUUAAUUUUUUUAUUAAUGUGAUUUUUUCCCCCUUUGAAACUUUAAUAAAUAUUAAAAAAAAAAAAAGCCUUGCUUGACAGUUGUUUGGGUUUCUACACAGGAUGCCUGGAAAAUAUCUAUCAUCUGUCUGUCUGUCUGUCUAUCUAUCUAUCUAUCUAUCUAUCUGAAUGACUAUUAAUGAGAUCAGGUUAUUAAUACUGUAACAAAGAUGGUUUAAAAACAAGAAUUAGAAUUAUAUAUAUUUGUAAAACACACAAGAACUACAGAUACUCGAUCUUCAUUAUUUCUGGGGUUUUUUGUUUUUGUUUUUUGGAUGAUUUGUAUUUUCUUCUUACAUAUAAACAAAAAGAUUCAAAAGAAAAAGAAAGCCAUGCUAGAAAUAGAAGAAAAUAAAUAAGGGGUGAUUCUGGCAUGUGAGGUAAAUGUAUCUUUUGCCCAUCUCAUGAUGUUUCCAUAUUUUAUUUUAUUUUUAAAUAGCAAUGUAGAAUCCCAUGUCUCGUGUGAGGCAAGGACUUCUUUCCUCCCUACUUUUUGGGGCUGGUGGCAGAUCUACGAUGCAUCCUGCUAUAGUUUUCAUUGCCAUUUGUUAUGGGACUAAGGACUGCCUGAUUCACUUUAUCCCUUCUCAGUCUCAGAGGUCUUCGGGGCGAGGGGGCUACUGUUCUCCACGGCUCAGAUGCAAAGCUUGUGCGUUCAAUAUUAUGGUCCCUUCCAGUUCGGGUCAGAUAGGCUCCCUUCUCCGGUUGAACUUCUGCAAUCUUUUGAUCACAAUCUUUUAUUGUAUUGAGUUGCUUGUACACUUCUUAGGGAUGAUUGUGAUUAAGCAAUAUAUACAUUGUUGAAAAAAUCAGUAAAAUAGGCAGUGGUAGUGGUUGAUUUGUAAGCUGCUCAGAGUAUAUUUUGGAAGGGGUACCAUACAACAAUUAGAAGAGAACAUGUAAAAAAUGAGAAUGGAAUAUAGAUGAUGUCUCCUCAUCUUGUCUUUGAAGUCUUGGAUAUAAUUUAAUAGAUAAUUGGCUUGUGUUAUGUUAUUACUGUUUAUUUACUGCUUAAUGUGGUAUGAAUUAUUUUGCUUUUUUAAUUCUAGAGAUUGCAGAUGGAAAAUAAAAUUAAAGGAAGGGCUUCUGCACAGAACCUACAUUAAAGCAGAAGCAUUUUUAUCUUGACCUUUUUAAAGUGAUUUAUCAUUUGUACUUUGGAGAAAAAAUUACUGAAAUGAAGGUGGAGGGAAAAGAAUCCAAAACUUCUAGCUAAUGUUGCUUGAAACGUUUGAAAGGUUAUGCUGAGGGCAUUUGACUUUCUCUGUACUUACUGCCAAAUACCUUUUAUAUUGACUACAUUUAAAGCUUUUUCCAUAUAUUAUGGACAGCCUUUAAAAUUAUUUUUAAAAUAAUGUUGGCAGUUGCUGACCUUUUCAGGAGGCUAGUAGAGAAUAAAAUGUCAAGUGUACACAAGGUAUUGAUGAAACAUCUUCAGAAAUUUAGCUGAUAGAGACAAGGCUUUAGAUCUGGCUCUCGUUUUUAAUUGAGUCAUAGAAGAAAAGGACAGUUUUCCCCCUCUUAAUUACAAUCUCGUACACUUCUCUAUACGUUCUGUCAGCAACUUCCAUCCGUAUAUAUUCUGAGCAAAGGCACAGCAUGAACCACAAGGAUUUAUUAAAACCUUACAAAACUUAGCUAUGGUUACUAGAGAUUUUCACAGUCGAACAAUAUCGUGGCUCUUUUUAAUGCAGAUUUUAAUUUUGCACUAUCCUCAGUGCUUUCAAAAAAUAGGUACCAGAUAUUCCUGAAGUUAAGCCUGCCUUGCAUUGGUUAUCAUUUUCUCCCUGUGUCAGCACCUUGUUCAGCCUGAGGGAUGCUUUCUCUUCUGGGCAAAUGUAAAAGGGCCCACUGGCAAGAGAUGAAAUGGGCCAGAGGCAAAUUGGGCAAGAAUGGUCAAUUUCACCUUUGGAUAUUAGGCUGGUUUCUACACACCUGUCUUUGUUAGGGAAUCAUUCUGCCAGAAACAAGUAGAAGUUUCUGGAAGGUUCCAGAGUUUUCCUUUAUAUGGCACUCUGAGCUUAAUUAGCAUCAGCUGGAAGUGUCAAUAAAAAGACCACUCUGCUUCGUUUUUGCAGAUGUCUGUCCGAAGGGUACUGUCUGUAAAAUCUGCUGAAGGACUGUUUGUGUAAUUUACUACGGGGGGAAGAUAAGAGAGACUUUGAUAGUGUGAUGUUAAUUGCUGUUCAUUUUAACAGUUGAGAAAUACCUUUGCUACUGUAAUGCUUGUACCCGGUCAGGGAAUAAAAUCUCUUGACUGAGACUUCACAGAGUUUGUGAGUCAUCUUUAAAACAACUUCUGUUAUUGUCCACUGCUUCCGAGAGAGAGAGAGAGAGAGAGAGAGAACAAAAACUCUGCUAAAUUAGUUGAAUGCAGUUUGCUGAGGUCUCAUCACACAAGUAUCUGCACAGCGAAAGUGGGUGGUGACCUGCUCUAAUAGUCUUCACACACUGCCCUCCAUCCUGGGAAGCAAGAGGCAUUAUCGGAGUUCAGUGACUUAUUCCAACCAAUCAAAAACACAUGGUGUGAAGCAGGGCAAUUGAGGGUUGUGGCCAGCCCUACAGUGAGGUCUGGAGAACUGCAUUCGGCUCCAUACCUCCACAGCAGAAUAUCCUGUUUGUGUUUGGUGUUCACUCACCUGCCCAUCAAGUCAUCCCAGCUCCUCCAACUUUGGAAGCAUCACCAACGUGAGUUAUUGUGUUGACGUCUGAGGGAGUAUCUUAUUUUAAUCCUGAUGGGUGUGAAUACUGUGGUUGGUGAGCAAUGUCCCAGUUAGUCAUGCAGCACAAUCCUCAUCCAGUUUCUUCAAAAGUCAGUCUUACUGGUUUAACUACGACUAAGGGUAUUAAGGAUUAUAGUUCUAGAUGUGGUUGGAAUGACGUGCUAAGCCAAACCUUGGUUUAGUGAGACUGUGCUAUACAUUUAAAGCAGUACCAUGCCACUUUAAACAGUCAAACUCAGCCAAGAUUUGGCUUAGUGUGUCAUCUGAACUAGGACUCAUGUUUAAGCUCUUUCCUAAGCACCAGUUGUAACCAAUAACAAAGCCUGACUACAGCUCGUGGUUAGUGAGGAGAGAGCUUAACUACAAAUCUCAGUUUGAACAACAUGCUGAUUCAAACCAGACAGGAGCAAAGCAGCUGUAAGCUCCUCUCUGGAAGCCUUAGCAUCUCAGUUUAGCGUUCAAACCAGUACAUACUCCCGUGAAUAACUCUAUUGGAGAGAAUCCUUUAUUAGAAGAAAAUAAUAAUUAAUAUUUAUUUAUUUAUUUAUACCCCACCCAUCUGUCCGGGCUUCCCCAGCCACUCUGGGCGGCUUCCAACAAAAUAUUAAAAUACUGUAAUGCAUCAAACAUUAAAAGCUUCCCUAAACAGGGCAGAUCUUCUGGCAAGAAACCUGGCUUUGAUUUAUGUGUUGGACCUGUGAAGAGAAAGAGGAAGAGUUGCUGAACCUUUGGGACUUCAUAGCUCAUCUGAUCCAUGUUGCAGUAUCUUGGGUUCACUCCCUUUACUAAUAAUCAUGCUGUGUCAAACUGUUUUGUGUUGCGUGAGAGCACAUCCAGCUAUAGUUUGGAAGCCUUCUCUGUUCUGUUCCUUUGUUCUCUUCCCUCAUCCUGCUGCACACCAACUGGGAGAAGUAGUUUGCAGAACUACUUGUGUGGACUUUGGAGAUUUGAUGUCACUCCAGUCUCUUACAUCAUUCUAACCCGUUGCUUGCGAUCAGCGGGCAAGCUGGAAUUGGAAAAAUGAGGUAGUCAAGCAGUUUUACUUACCUGUUUUAUGUUUUCAGAAGCUAUAAUCAUAGUAUAGAAUCAAAAGUGUGACCCAGUUGGAGCGCCUUUAUAGGUUCAUGCACUUGCCUCCUUUGGGCUCCUUCCCCCUUUUUCCUGAACCAGUGCAGCCACAUAGUUGUUGCCAGUGUUUUCAGACCAGGGGCCACAUUUUGGAGAGAGGGCUGGAAGUGUUGGUCACAAGAUGGCUGCCAUGGGGAUGUGAGAUAUAACACAAGAGAGAGUACAAUCAUGGUGGAGCUUUUCUCAUAAUUGCAUCUCCAUUCGAGUAAACUUUUGAAUUUCUGAAACCAUGUUGGUGCAGCAGGUGGUACGGAGCUAGAUUAACCAGUAGUCUGCGUGUCCCAGGUAGAGAAGCAUGGGAGUUCUUCUAUGGGUUUUUUAUUAUUAUUAUUAGAAACCACAAUCCUACUUUCAACCCAUACUUUGGCAGCUAGCAUCGUAGAAUUUGAACCAGGCUUGUCAUUUCCUAGGCCACAGAUGGGACUUAGUGUUUGAACAGGUUAACACUGGAAUUUGGCCUUCCUCAUGCUUGGUGGUGGUUAAGUCUCUGUGAAUCCAUUUUUUAUUGUUCUUUGUGGUUUGGGUGUGGAGGAUCAUUUCUCCCAUGUCUCAUGGGUUUUGUUCUUGGGUUCUCUGUGAUGAGAGCCCAAUGGUGUUCGUCUCUGGAGUCAUGCUAUUUGCAGCUAAAGGUGUCCCAGAGGCGAGGUAGGUAGAGGAGAGUGUUUAAAAAGUGCAUUUCACUGUGACUUCUUCUUUUUGCCAACCUGCUUUUCAAACCACGGGAAAUUUGGUCAUGAACAUGAACAGGUCUAGAAAAAAAGCAUAAGUGCGUUGGGUAUUAGUUGCUCAUUUUAAAGAGCAGCUUCUGUUUCUAGUGACAUCUGUAUCUGUAUAUAUUAAUUUUCAUGCAUUUUUGGCCAUUGCUGAACUCUGAAACAAUACACUCAGUGUUGGCCUUGUGGAAAUGUAGUUUGUUAAUGGAUAUAGUAACUAAAAUGAAAUAUAUACUAAACAUUACCUCAGAGUUUGAAGACACAGCUUAAGUGCAGUGCGGAAACAUGAGCCUUUGGCAAGGCUCCUGGAAAAGUUCAUAACCCUGCGAUUUGGCAAGCUUUCAGGAUCCUACCUGGGCCAAAUGGUUUGAGGAGAGCUACAUGGAAAGCAGAACCGUGUGUGUGUGUGUGUGUGUGUGUGUGUGUGUGUGUGUCACAAAUUGUCUACAAAUAUUCUGAGUGUAACUCAGUUUUGCUCUUGAAGUGGCUUGAUUUUAUAAAACUGAUGAGGCUAUGAUGUUACUAAUUCAAUAAAUUUCUAGGAAUGACACUAGGUUUUGGUUAAAUGUUUUGGUUUGGGGAGGGGAGGGAGCCAUGACGUUUUCUGAGCAGAAUAAAUUGUUGCCACAACAAUGAACAAGCUCACACAGUAACGUAACUUUGGAAUUGGUUGCAGUCAUGACCUGAGGAUCAUGACCUGCUGGGAGCCAGAGGGCCCUGUUCCUGCUUCUCUCCACCUGGCCUGGGGUGGGGCCUGACAGGCCUCAUAAGGACUGCUGCUGCUGCUGCCCAGCAAGGACGGGGGUAUUUUGGGAAAAGUUUUGUCGGGAGUUUUUGCUGUUAUUGAUAUUAAUUUUUUGUAUCUUUAUUUUUAUGUGGAAAUUGCUCAGCUUGGUUAUGUAGUUUUGAUGUGUUUUAUUUAUUUUUAUGACUACUUUGCUAUGUUUGUAACUAUGCAAAUCUUUUCAUAUUGUAAGCCGCCUUGAGCAUUGUUUUAACUGUGGAAAGGCGGUAUACAACUAGAAUGAUGAUGAUAAAUUUCUCCAAGAGCAAAUAGGGCUUUGAAGGUUGCCACUAAGGUAAAUUGUGGCUUUGCUUUUGGUGAUAAAACAAAAUUUUUGAGGCAGAGGAAGCUGCCUUGUAUUAAGUCAGAUCAUUAGUCCAUCUAUCUCAGCACUGUUGACACUGCCUGAUGGCGGGUUUCAGGCAGGGGUCUUUAGACUUCAGAGGGUGUAUGUCGGAUGUUCUACAUACAAAAUGCGUAGUGCAUGGGUAGGCAAAGUAAGGCCUGGGGCCAGAUCUGGCCCAAUCGCCUUCUAAAUCUGGCUCACGGACGGUCUGGGAAUCAGCAUGUUUUUACAUGACUAGAAUGUGUGCUUUUAUUUAAAAUGCAUCUCUGGGUUAUUUGUGGGGCAUAGGAAUUACCGUAUUUUUUGCUCCAUAGGGCGCACCGGACCAUAAGGCGCACCUAGUUUUAAGGGGGGGAAAUCAAGAAAAAAAAUCUUAUCCCCCCCCCCCCAGCCCCAAAGAGCAAAGAAGCCAAGACAGCGAGCGGGAUGGAUUCCGCUCACUGCCUUGGCUUUGUUUUUAGCCGCAGGGCUGGGGCGGGGGUUGCGUGAGGCCUUGCCUCCACUUGCGGGGCUGGCGGGGGAAGCCUGGGUCCCCCCCCCAGCCCCAGGGACCACACAUUCACUCCAUAAGACGCACAGAUAUCGUCUUAGUUUUUAAGAGGAAAAAGUGUGUCUUAUGGAGCAAAAAAUACGGUAGUUCAUUUUUAAAAAUCAAAAUAUAGCCUGGCCCCCCACAAGGUCUGAGGGACUGGCCCCCUGCUGAAAUAGUUUGAUGACCCCUGAUGUAGUGUAUCGCUGAGCUACAACACAACCACACAGUUGUUUGUGAUCUACUGUGGAUGGAGCUACAGCAAAUGGGUAAACUCUUACAGCUCAACACACCAUUAAUUUUAUCUGUUUAUCAAGGUGAGCUUGAUUUGCUAGCUCCCAAAUCUCCAGUUUUCAAUAAGUUUGCAUUGAUGUUUUUCCAUUUCCAGGAGCUGUUCUGCCCAAGACUAUCAUUCUUUGAUCUGGAUGUUGAAAAAUAGCAGUAAAAAAGAAAUCAUUGUUACUUUUUCAAGGCUGAGCAGGGAUUUUAAUCUAACCUUAAAUAAUCUGUCCAUUUAGAAUCCUUUUUUGGAUUUUUUAUGCUGCUGAUUUCUGCCCAAAUAGCCCACAAGUUUUCAAUCAAAUCUUGCAUAAGUCUGGCUGGAGGCAGGGUUGAUUUUCAAAUUUGGAGCUAUGCAGAAAUGUAAUAUAGAGUGAUGCUUCAGUAAUGUACUCCAAAUAUGGUCAACUGAUGUAGUCAAGUCAUAAUUCAAAGCAACCUCUUGAAAUGCUCUUACUUAUGUAUAUAUAUAUUUCCUUUUUCAGUUUCUGGGCAUAGCAUUUCUUGGAAUUGGACUUUGGGCAUGGAAUGAAAAAGUAAGUAUCACAUAACAAAUUGUUGAACCAAUUUAAAGCUAAAUCUCCUCCAACCCCAAUGUUGAAUAUACUGUCACCUUGCUUGGAAGGAAGUGUUGCCAUCUUGUCUAGCAAUAGCAAUAGAGAUUAAGGAGCACACACAUUGAACUAUGGUCUGCAACUAGUUGCAACCAUAUUUUCGCUUCCUAGUUCAGUGGCCACCCAUAAGCCCCACCAGUCAGAUAAGCAGGGCUUUUUUCAGGUGGGUGCCAUUGCCAUUAUAAGAGAACAAGGGAGGUGUUCAUAGUGAGUUCUGGCACCUCUUUUUCUAGAAAAAUAGAACUGCAGAUAAGGCUGGUUCAUACAUCAUGAGAAACCGUGGUUUGGCAUUUUAUUGAACUGUCUCAUUGAAAUGUUCAUCACUAGGCAAAGAAGGCACUUCUGUUUCUGCCAGUGCCUCUAUAACAGGUAUUUGGGUGUAUAAAGGAUCAUAAGAAGAACUAAAAUACCCAGAUCCUAUUAGCAAAAGCAAAAAGUCCAGUGACACCUUAAAGUAGCCUUUGCUAGCCUGAUGGCUUCCAGACCAGGUACCACGUUGGUGAAGGCUGGCUUAAGACCAAGCAGGAGAAAAUUGUAAGGUAUGGAAGCUGAAUGGCAAUGAAUUGCAAAAAUUAAAAAUUAAAAAAUGCAGUCAGUGAUAGAGCUUAGAGGUGUUCCUGUUUAGCAUAUACAGUUGACCCGUAACUUACACACAUUUAACUCAUGCACAUUCAGCUUUACGUGCUUGGCAAAAAUUAAAAUUAAAAAUAAAAAGCUGGUGGCCAUCCAGGGGGGGAAAUUGGCAAGCCCACCCCCCAUUGCACCCAGUGUGUUUUGACUAGCCACAGUUUUGGCUUUAUGCACUAUCCCUGGAAUUUAACCCCACUUAAGUUGCAGGUCUACUGUAGGUAACCUUUUAGAACAGCACAUUGGUGAUAAUUGCUGCAAUAACUGUGUUAACACCUGUAUGGCAGCAGGGAACCAUUCACAAGAAAAUAACAAAAGCACAAAUACCCUGGCCGGCUAAUUAAUGCACACAGGGUGAUUAAAAGUCCUUUGCCCUGCUUUGACCUACAAGUGAUGGCACUGAACUUCUCGGUGAGCUAUUAUUCAGCUGUUUCACGUUGUAGUCUUCCUUUGAAGUUACUUUCUUCCAGAACGGCCACCUUAAGGUCAGUUACAGUGUGUUCUAGGAAGGUUGAAAUGUUCUCCCGCUUGUUUAUCUUACUAGAUCUUAUUAGGUUUGCCUUAUAUUGCAAUUCAAGACACUUCCAAAGAGACUCCGUAGACUUGCUCUAGUGAGUAAAAAGCCUGUAACUUGAUUUGUUAGAUUAAUUUACUAUAGGGCAAUCCCCAGGUAAUUUAGCAACACAUUUUUUGUUAACUUGUAAAAAUGGCCAGCACCACCUUGGAAGAGGCAUUUUUUGCUGUGAAAAGACCGAAGGGGAAAACGUCUGCUGCUGUGUCAUCCAAAAAGUAGCAUGUUAUUUUUAUUGUAUGCAACUGCGCUUAAUUAAAACACUGCUGAUUUACCCAGGUUUCUGUAAUUGGGUUGUCAGCCCUAGGAAAAAUAUUGGAAAAAAUAAAAUCUAUGAUGUUUUGGGCCAAGGUGGCACACUAGAUUUUGGAAAUAAGGUUGUAUGCCAGCAUUCUCCUUGAAGCUCUAUAUUUCUGUGUGCAAGGAGAGGCAUUUUAUGGUGGAAUAUUCAGCAAUACAGUCUUGCACCUGCAGUCUGAAUUGAUUCAGUCCACAAAUAUUGUUUUACCAUGUGAUGAGUUCAUCUGCGGUCGACUCUUCAAAAGGUGUGAUAAACGUGGCUUUCAGUGACUGAUCAGCCUAUAUUUCUAAGAGUCCUGCAUGCUACCCAGCUGUAUUUAUGCAAUAAGCCUGGUAAAUUAAAGCUAUUCUCACUUUUCCUGCUGUUUAAGGGCAUUGUGUUGUGCACUGCAUGCAGUAUGAACAAAAGCAGAUUCCGCAUUUCAGGGAUGGGGGAACCUGUGACCCCCCUGAUACUUUCUGGACUACAACUGCUGUCAUCCAUGACUAUGGCCAUGCUUGCCAGGGUUGAUGGGAGUUGGAGUCCACAACAUCUGGAGAGCUACAUCUCAGCCUCAUUGUUGUUGAUCUGUUAAUUGCUGGUUGUAAACAGGCCAACUAACAACCCAGCCACUGCAACCUGUUGGACACCUGUUUUUGGAAGCAGGAUAUUGGAUUUUCCCUUAUUUUUGCUCUGUGUUUGCUUGCUGAUUAUAAUUAUGAAGAAGCUGCAGUACAGAAAGCUUGAUCUCAAUUGAAGUCCUUAAGACAGCUGCAUAAUUCUACACCCUAAGAAGAACUGAGUGGUGGUUUUAAUGAUGUUGAAGGGGGGAAAUACUUGUUCAGCCAUUUUAUUUUGAAGUAGUUCCCCUCAAAAAAACUCUCAAAGCUUCCUUAACAUCAAAAUAAGUUUGAACUUUAUUACCAUUUUACUUUGCUGUUUUUCCUUUAUUUAAGAAUGUGGUUGCAGACAUGCUGUCUUUUGGGGGGCUGGGGGGGAGGGGGCUGACACUUACAAAGAUACCUUUAAUCUCUGUUCCAGGCUAAACUGCAAACAAGCAUCCUGAUGGAAAUGCAAUCCAAUUAAUUUUAAUGGCUUAGAAAGGGAAGCUUCUCUCUCUUGUCCUGACAACUCAAAAUUAAGAGUUUUGAGCAUUAAGUUAUUUGUUGUAAAAAAAAAUCAACAUGGGAAGCCAGGUGCAAAAAAGUAAAAUAAAAUAAACAGCUCGUUAGGAUUGUUUUGCUGGACUUAACCUCAGGCAGCCCAUCAUAAGCUGUUUAGCUGGGGUGAAAGAGAGUUGAGCGAAACAAACAUGUACCCACACAAAAUCAUGUUGUGUGUGUGUGUAAUCUUGUGACUUUUCUUGCAGCCCUUAGGGAAAGCGGUGGAACUUGCUUGUCAGGCAGCUAAAAAGCUGCAGUUUGACAGCCAGUCAGUUGGCCCUAGAGGGGGAAACUGAAGAAUUAGCAUUCUAAAUUGUGAACCUGAAAAAAGGAUCUGUGAGGAACAUGGAGGCGAGGAACCCAGAAGGCACAAUGGACCAGUCAGGCCUCUUUCCCCACCAAUUUACAUUGCCUUUUUCAUUUUCAGUUUUUCUCAGAGCUCUAGGCAUGAGGGUUUUGGAUUUUUUCUCCUUCUCUACCUCAUUGAGUGAAAAUAGUCAAUGAUAGAGCAGCUCCCAGCCUUAAUAUUUAGCAAAGGAAGCCUGUACCUUAAUAUUUCUCCGUAAUACUAUGCCCAUUGAUUUUAUUCUUAAAUGGUAGCAAUAUUGCAGCGAUUAGAUUGCCUUGUAUUUAUCUUUGUUAAAAAUACUGUCAAAAGAAAUACAUUUUAUUUUUUUAAAAAUCCUCCUUUACUAUAUGUGCAAUUCUGCACACUGUUAAAAAAUAAUGUUUUGCACUGUGCUUGGCUUUUGCAUGUAGAAUAAGCUUUUCCUGUUGCUUUCUGGAAAGCAGGGCAAAUGAUUCCUCUGUGUUCCUGUUCAUAUCUUCCCCCAGCCCCUUGCCAGUUUGCAGCUUGAAACUGCAAGGCCCAGCAGCAGACCACCUAGGAGCAGGUUUACUCGUGAGUUGCUUACUCAUGAAUAAUUGGUUCCAGCCUCAGGCAAGCUGGCGAAUCCACUGUAGGCCCUGCAACAACAUAUUCCUCACUGCUGCUGCUUUGAGCAGGCGUUAGGGCUAUAGCGGAUGUGCCAGCUGGGAAGGACCAAGCUGAAAUUGGAGCCCUCUUGGCCAACUAACCGGAUGUAACUUGACAAUUUUUGUUAGAGAGCACAGAAUGCCAUCAGGAAAGGGAGCUUUCAUCAACUUGAAAGUGAGUACAGAUCAUUGUCUUCCCUGGGAUCUAAUGAUAACGGUGUGAUUGACCAGAAAAAAGUAUAGGAGCCAGAAUAGAUUAUGUCUUUUGUGGACAAACGGAAUGCAAUGGAUCCCUAGGGUGGUUAUAUUCCCCCCUCCCCCUAAUCCAGCUGUUCUUUGACAGUGGUUAUAGCACUCGCACCAUGAUCUCAAGGCACGAGAACUCUUGCAAAUAUGUUGACUUGAAUGAUGGAUGCAUGGCAACUCAUUCAAUAAAAGACACGUCAUAAGUGAAGUUCGUUCCAGUCCCUGAGCAAGUUUAUUGUGUGUAGAUCUCAUUUUCUUUCCUUUUUAUGUUAUGCCACUGGUAUGUAUGUGCUAUACAGUGUAAAGUUCCUAGCAGUUCAGGACAGCAUACAUGGAGUUAUCCCACUGUGUUUUUUUUUAACAUAUCUUUGAGGUAGGUGAAAGAUUAUGACACUGUGUAAUUGCCCAAGGCCAUCCUGUACAUUUCAUGGAUGAGCUGGGGCAAUGCUGGCUCCAGGUCUUAGAGAGCCCCUUUUCCUCAGUGAGAUUACCCCCUCAGUGCAUCAGGUCCAGGUGGUUUUUGUCAGUGGGUCACCUGUUGGCAUGUGGACCCUUGGAAGAUGCCCAGCUAUGCUAACCUAUAUGCUGGCCGUGAGCAGGGUUUAAACAUAGGUCCCCAAUCCCAGCAUUCUCUCUAUUGGGCUGUUCAUUAGCCCUGUUCAUGUGGCAGGUUCCACUCUGAUCCUGGUCUUUGCCACAGGACAGCGGGAUAGUGAUUGUCAUAGUGUGGCAAUUUCCUGACUAGGUGUAGGCUGAUAGUGGCUCCUUCCUUCUACAGGUGUGAAUGACUUAUUAGAAUGGUGCACCAUGGAUAAUCCAGAGACAAUGGAGUACCGUUGGUGGGUGGUUCAUCUGAUAUCCAGUUUUUUUCUGGAUAUGGUUUCACUCUCCCCUAAAGGAUUAGGUUUGCAGCUUGGAACUGCAGUUGGAUCUGGUCUUACCUUAAGAAAGCCCAAGUGGCUUCCAAAACACAUUUCACCAGCAUCUUUUGGUGCACCAAGCCUAGCCUCAAUUAUCAGUGGUCUGAUAACCCUGUAUUUUGGAUGACUAUAAUGUUUUGUAUAUGGGUCUGUUGUUGGGAGAGUACUUGGGAACCUCAGUAAGUACAAAGCAUGGCACCUAUAUUUUCUAACUGGGGCCAACUGAAUCAUGAAACAACUGCAUUAGCUUGGCAGCAUGUUUACUGCUUCUUACCUUUUUAAAGGCCCAAACAGCUCAGGGCCUGGAUACCUGAAGAGGCUGCCACCUUCCACAUGAAUCUGCCUGAGUUUUAAGAUCUCUUUCAAAAGACCUUGUUCGAGUUCCCCACCAUGUUGACUGUGGUGGUUGGGCAAAGGGCUGCCGUGUCCUGUGGCAUCCAGGAUGGGGAAAGCUGUGGCCCUCCAGAUCUUGUGCAUUUCCAUCCCACCACACCAACCUUGCCCAUCUAAUGGUGAGGUAUUAUGGGAGUUGUAGUUCUACAAGGGCUCUCCCCAGAGAAGCUUGGACUCCGGUGCCUUUUGCUCCCAGAUGAGGAGCUUCUUAUCUUCCUUGGUCUUUAAAGAUUAAUUCUUUAGAUCUGUUUGAUGCUGGAAUUUUAGUUCGGUUUUCUGGUUGCCGCUGCUCUUUCAAUUGUUCGUCUUUAAACUUUAAGCCCUGUGGCAGAAGUAUAGGUUAGGAAUAAGCAAGCAUGGCUCCCAACUGGUGACAUGCGUUUCUCAGACCUUCAGACAAAACCUGUUCACCUCCCAUGAGAUGCAGGAGUGGUUCUUUGUUUUUUGAAAGGCGGUGGGAAGGGGCGCUAAUACGAACCAAUGAAUAGGGCCCUUUAAAUAACUUCUGUUGCCCCGUCUUGCUACCCCUGCAAAAGCUACGUUGGUUAGGAGCAGGGUGAAAUGUUGCAUUGUGAGUGUCAAAGAAGGGAGAGCGAGGAAAGCCCAGGCCCAUUAAAAACCAACAUGUCAUCGUACUUUGAUUUCUUUUCAGGCUCUGCAUAUAUUUAUUAGUUAGGGUUCACUGGCCCUACAGAUGCAUGGGAAAAGGCUACCUGCUAUUCAGAAGGAAGAAAAUCACCAUUCCAGCAAACUAGAUUUCUGGCUGUCUUCUGGAGACUGCCAACGCUCCCUUCUUUCCGGUUUUAUUUUUAUUCAUUUUUUAAAAAAAAGAACAUUCUUUUUCACUUCGGACUCACCCCGAAACUUCCCUUGAUUGCAGUGAAAAUGGUGGGGAGAAAAGAUUUGGUAGCCCCUCGGUGACAACAGCAAGGGGAAGCGCAUUGGGGAAUGUAUGGAUAGCCCUUACGCUCUGCUUCACAGGCCUCGGCACUUCAGUUCCUAACAACAUUCAGCCAGUGUCUCCAUAAAAGGGUUGCUGAAUUCGUCUGCACACAUUUCUCUUGUCUCUUGGGGAGAGGGAGAUAUCUUCAGUUGCAGAACUAAUUUUAAUGCAAGAGAGAGAAGCCUCCUUUGGUACCUGCGGGGACCAAACACAAGAAGGAGCUCCCUAGAACAGGGAUAGCCAAUGUGGUACCAUCAGCAGGCCAUCAGCUGUGCUGGCUGGGACUGAUGGGAGUUGGAGUCUAACAACGUCUCCCUCUGACCACCCAUUGUCGCUCUAGCACCAAUCUCCAGGCUCUGAGCCUUUGUUCCUUGCGGGGGUUCCCCGGCUGGUGCCUCCCACCAUUCCUCUGUGUCCAGCCAGUCUGUGACAAGCAGCUCGCAUUGGCAAUAAGAAUAGUAAGGUAAAGGUAAAGGGACCCCUGACUGUUAGGUCCAGUUGCGAAUGACUCUGGGGUUGCGGCGCUCAUCUCGCUUUACUGGCCAAGGGAGCUGGCGUACAGCUUCCGGGUAAUGUGGCCAGCAUGACUAAGCCACUUCUGGCAAACCAGAGCAGCGCACUUGCUCUUUGAUGUGCUUUCGAACUGCUAGGUUGGCAGGAGCAGGAACCGAGCAACAGGAGCUCACCCUGUUGCGGGGAUUCGAACUGCUGACUUUCUGAUCGGCAAGCCCUAGGCUCUGUGGUUUAGACCACAGUGCCACCCGCGUCCCUCAAGAAGAAUAGUAAUCAAUCCUAAUUUCAACAUUUGUAUUGAUAUAGGAAGUCUAUGUGUCCAAAUAGACAUCCAAAUGAGAUUGACGAUUAUAAGAUGUACAUUGCAAUGUAGAAAGGGCAGCACAGACCUCAGACGGUUGAAUAAUGGAUGGUGGGUGUUUAUCCUUCUGAUUUCGCAUUAUGAGCCUGAUCCUGCCCAUGGGUGCUUUGUGGUGCUUCCUACCAGCUGCUGCUACUGCUGCUGCUGCUUCUGCUUCUUCUUCUGCUUCUUCUCCUUCUCCUUCUCCUUCUCCUCCUCCUCCUCCUCCUCCUCCUCCUCCUCCUUCUACUAUUUUUAAAAACUGGAUAGUCUGCUCCAGAGCUUAUAUGGCAUGAACGCUAUUGCAGCACAUAACUACCAAAGUGAAUAAUGUUCCCACUGAAAUUCUGGGCCUCACCUGAGGGCAUGCUGAGACUCAUUCGUUAUCUCCCCUGUCUCCCAAGGGGAAAGAAACCAAACUGGUGGGAAUACUUACCAGAUCUUGGACUCUUAAUUCUGAGGGUGCCCAGGUAGUUGGUUAGGGCUGGCUUUUGGUGCAAAUGCAGCUUUUACCCUGCAUGCUUAGUCGGUUAGAGCAUGGUGCUGGUAAUGCCAAGGUUCUGGGUUUGAUCCCUAAUGGGACAGCUGCAUUGCAGGGGGUUGGGUUAGAUGAUCCUUAGGGUCCCUUCCAGCUCUACAAUUCUGUGAUCGAAUUAGAAUAAACUUUACCAAGAACCCUUGUUCAAACCCCCACUCAUUCUCUCCCCCCUGACCCAAAUAGUUAUUGCAAUAUGUCUCCUGCCUUUGGCUCCCACAUACAGAAUUCCCCCCCUUGCUGUUUUUAAAUAUGAGUCGGGAUACAUGUUAAGCUCUCUCAGCAUUCAGAUAAUGACCACAUCACAGUGGCUUGAAAGGGAGAGCCCCGAGUGUAAACAAGAAGCUCUAAGUCAGUUUAUUUGGCUUGCUUCUUCACUUCCUGGGGUUCUUCUCUCCUUCCUCCCCUUUAUUUUUUUUACCUCCUGUAGCAAAUCUGGACCGAGACUGUUUCAGGAGUGCAGAUGUAGGUCAAAUAACUCCCCUGGAGUUUUGUCCUUUUGCAGCCUUAUUAAGAGGGUGAAGGAGCUCAGUGAACAGCUGAACUGGAGAUUAGCCAAGAAACUCUGUUCUGCCUCUCCCAUCUUUUGGGACGCACCAAUAUCCCUAGGCUGUAGCUAGCAUGCAAGGAUAAUUUGGGGGCGGGGGGUGAUUAAUACAUAACUCCAGUGCUUUGCUCCCACUUGCUAUACACAUUUAUGCAAACACUGUAGUUCUGCAAAAAGCGCAAUGCAAACAUUUGCUUUUGUUUUAAAAAUAUAUUCCUUUCCUUUGCUUUAUUCACCUUAAAGGAACACCAAUAUUUUUAUUAUACAACGUCCUGUCAAAAUAGAACCUUGGUUGCUUGAAGGUGUGCCCUGCAGCUAAGAUGGUUGAAACUUAAUAAUAAUAAUAAUAAUAAUAAUAAUAAUAAUAAUAAUAAUAAAUUUUGUUGUUUUUUCCAAGGAUAGUUCAAACUUGGAGUUUCGUAAAAGCUCCUGUGCUUGACAGGCACGAUAGCAGAAUAGUUAAAGAUUUUUUUUUUUUAAUUGUUGCUCUUUAAACAGGAAACUGUGGCAAAUGGACAGCCCACCAUUCCCUUCCCAGCCCUUCUCCAGCUCUCGCUUCUCAAAGUUGAAAACACAAUUUUUCCAGGAGUCAACCACCACCAGUAUUGAACUGGAAUAAUGAGCAUGUGUAGAUUGCCUUCCUUCCGCUGUAGUUUAUACCCAUGAAUUUAGGAUUAAGAAACUGGGUUCUGGCGCCCCUCUGUUGUUGUUUAAAUAAAUUAAUACAGCAUUAAGUUAUUUAGGAGGCCUGUGCAGGCAUUGUGCAGUUACCAUUGUGUGAGUGGAGGAGCAGGGAUGUGUUCCUUGGUCCUUACCACUAGUUGUGGUGAUGGCCUCCCACUUAGAUGUCUUUGAAACAGGGUAAUAGACAGAUUCACGGACAAUAGGGCAUUCCAAAUGAUGUUAGUAGAUUUCUAUCAGCCCCAGCCAGCAUGACCAGUGGUCAGGGAUGCUGGGAGCUGCAGUGCAGCCAACAACUGGAGGGCACCAGGUUGAGAAAGGCUGGUGUAUUGCUAUGUAUAAACUGGCUCUGCAUUAGCUUGCUUAUUAAGACUGUAAGCUGUUUUUCACUUCGCUCAAUAUCUCAGAAAAGGCAGCUUCACACAGGUUUUGCAACAUGUUUGGACUUGCUAAAAUAAGUAAUGAAUGGACUUAGGGGGCAAAUGAUUGAUCAACAAAAUGCCUUAAUGGGUUCAACAGUCCUAGUCCUGUGCACUUCAAACUUAUCAGUUCACCAGUCUCUCUCCUUCCCCUUUAAUGCUUCUCUAACAUCUUGGGAAACCUGUUUGCUACAGACAUGCACUGAGUGACAUGUCCUGUCACUCCCUCACACAGGAUGCGACUCUGCGCUUGACGGCAUUUGUGUGGUGGCAUUUGAGUGCAAACAAAAGAACUGACAGGAAACAUCACUUUUGCACAAACAGUAUCAAUCUCUCCUGGAAAUAAAUGCAAAGCAUUAGUGUCUGUUUGGGUUUCUGUUACCAUCAGAAGGACAAGCCAAAAAGCUACGGCUUAGGCACUGUAUAAAGCAGAUGCAUUUGUCACCUGUUGGUGUGCUUCCUUUCUCUUAUCUUCUCUCUAACCUUCCCAGGGAGUGCUGUCCAACAUCUCCUCCAUCACCGACUUGGGAGGUUUCGAUCCAGUCUGGCUCUUCCUUGUGGUAGGAGGAGUGAUGUUCAUUUUGGGGUUUGCAGGAUGCAUUGGAGCCCUGCGAGAGAACACCUUCCUUCUCAAGUUUGUAAGUAGCCUGUGCAGCUGGCUGUAGCCAUUUCCUGCUUGAAGGACCAAUUUCAUGGAAAGCUGUGUUUCGAUGCUGAUUUUAUUUACAGGCAAUCCUUGUUUUGCGCGGGGUGAACAUUCCAUAAGCCUGCCCCGCCCCAUCACAUUCCACCCCUUUUUGUGGCACCUCUAGGACAUUUUGGGGCUACUUCCGGGUUCGGUGCCGUGCGCACGAUUGCGCGUCAUUCAGAUGCGCCUAAAUUGAUAGUUGCCUGUAUUUACUCAUUGAAAUAUUUAUGAUCUGCUGCUCAUUAAAAAGAAACAGCAAUCAGAUCAGUUUACAACAGUUAUACAUAAAAUUAUACAGUCAAAGAAACCAUAUAAAUACGUUAAAAAACAGGAAUCAGGUAACUGUUAUGGAAAGAUGUAUUCUUAAUUGCCCUCAUAAGUCUAAUGGAAUAGAAACGUUUUCAGCAGGCAUUUAAAAGUUCAAGCAGAAGGUACCUGUUGAAUCUUUGUUGGCGGAAUAUUCCACAAUACCAGGUCAAUGACACCAAAGGCUUGGUUUCUCGUAGAAAUGACAUGCAAUUGAAAAGGCAAUUUAAGGAACCGGUGGGAGGGAAGUCACAGGAUCAGGAGAAUCUGGAUUUGAUAUUGUUGUGAAUAAUUUUGUUUGUUUGUUUGUUUGUUUGUUUGUUUGUUGUUGUUGUUGUUGUUGUGUGUGUAUAAAACAUUUCUCUUCAACCAUGCAUUGGGCUGAUUAACAUCCUAUAUAGCCUUUAAAAUGUAUUUGUGUGGGGGUGUUAUUGUUUUGUUUUUGUUUCCAUUAUGUAUUUUGUCUUUUUAUCUUGUCUUUUUUUGCUAUGAACUUUCCUGAGAUCUUCAGAUGAAGGGCGGUCUACAAAUGUAAUAAAUAAUAAUAAUAAUAGGCAAUAGGACUUUACCUUUUCCUUCCUUUCAAACAUUUUUUAAUUAAAAAAAAAACUCUGCUAAUUUUUCUAUAUGAGUAAAGUGUACACUACCCGACUGCCCUCACUUGUCGCCUCUUGUGUCUCAGGCUAGGGAAGCAAACGAGGCAACGACAAUUAAGCUUGGCUUCCAUUUAUGUCCAAACGUGGGAUAAGUGUUCGUUACUCAUCAACAAGCUAAUGAGUAAUGAACUAAUCAGGCUUAAAUCAUAGGUUGUUGUUGCCUUACAGCAUGCAAUGGUUUAUUGAUUCCAAUAAAUGGUCAGCAACUAUGGCUUGCAAUGAUGUAGGAACAUAGCCAGUGUCUUUCAUAAGCCCAAAUAUGUUGUGCCAAUUGUUGACAGUGUUGAAAGUGAGAGUACUUUUGCUUCUCACAGGCUGAAAAGGAGAACGAAGAUUAUGCCCCUGCUCUAAGGCAGAAUCCUCUAUAUUAGUGAUUGGAAAUUGUCCCAUGUCAUCCACAGUUAUAGAAUCAAACCUAUGAAGUCAUUUAGCUCCUUUCUACCUCCUCAACCUAAUUGUGUGUUUGCGCAUAUGUUGCCGUUGACUGCCCAAUUCCUAUGGGCCUAUUUCCAGUGAAUACUUAAACAUGCUUAAUACUCAUUCCUUCUCUCCGUGGAAUCCUGGGAACUGUAAUUCUAUAAGGGAGCUGUGGUGGUUAUAGAAUUUCUAACCCCCUUGCCAGAUUACAGUUCUCACAAGCCAUAAAACUUCCAAGAAUACUGUAUAUCUCCUUUGCAGGGUGAGUAGAUUUGCACGCUAGUUCGUUGUUUCCUUGGGAAGGCUUGUUGGAAAUGUUGGGCUUUAAAUCCAGAACACCGCAAGACUGCUGCUGGAUCAGGCCAGAGGUCCACGGAAAGCUUGGAAGCAGAACCUGAGCACAACAGCUCUCUCCGCACAGCAACUGAUAUUAUUAUUCAGAGGCGUAUGGCCUCUGUCAGUUAAGCCACAGCAUAACCAUUGUAUGGCUCAGAAAGGUGAACUUAGUUAAGAAGACCUGAUUCAUUUGAGGUGGGAUUGACUCCUUUGUGGGAUUUGGUUUCUAGGUGCCUUUUUCAUCUGAGUAAACUCAGAUCUGGACUCUGUAGUUUGAUCCAUGUGUGAAGGCCCAGCCCUGGCGCAGCUUGCCUCCCCACGGCUCCAGAAGGUCACAGGAGUUCAGCCACACUGAGGGAGCCUGUUGUGGGGGUGCCUGGCUGCACUCCCCCUCAGAAUUUUGCACCUGGAGCCACUGCCCCUUUGACCCCCUCCCUGCACUACGCCAUCGUCCCCUUUGAAAUUAGUGGACUUGAAGUCUAUUCAUUUCUGUGGGCCUACUCACGAGAAUAACUAAUAUGAGAUAUCACCCUAUGAUUCAUUGGGAAGCUGAAUUACACAACCAACUGCACACAGCUCUCCUAACUUGGUCUGAUGCCUGAUCCCAGAAAAGUGGCCCCCAACCCAGUGAGUGGUGAUUCCGCGUCUGUCACGAUCAGCACACAUGAUGUUGCUUAGCAGCAGGGCAGCUGCGGUGCUCUGCUCUCAAAGUGCUCAUUUGGCACGGUGCCGUGUCUUAAAGAUUUGUCGCGGAAGCCAAAUAAUCGAAGGCCUUAAAAAAAUGACUUUACUAAAAUUACUCCUCUUCUUCAUCUUUGCAGUUUUCAGUAUUCCUAGGAAUCAUUUUCUUCCUGGAACUUACGGCUGGUGUUCUGGCAUUUGUCUUCAAAGACUGGAUCAAGGACCAGCUGUACUUCUUUAUCAACAACAACAUCCGAGCAUACAGAGAUGACAUUGAUUUGCAGAACCUCAUAGAUUUUACACAAGAAUAUGUAAGUGCUUUUGCUUGCUUUAUGACAGGGGUGAGUUCCUCCAGAGGUUGCUGACCCGCAACUCCCGUCAUUCUUGAUCAUUGGCCAUGUUGGCUGGGACUGUUGGGAGUUGGAGGGCCACAUGUCCCCAGUCCCUGAUUUUGAAGGGAAUGUACCUUCCACCACCCCUGUUUUCAUUUUCAUUUCUCAGCUCUUUAUUUCUGAAAGGAGCCAAGCAAGCGAAACGUUUUAUGGAACAAUGCGAAGCUUGUUCCCUGUGAAUAAUGCGCUUAUGAUUGCAACUAAGCAAUAGAGUAAUUAACUUUAUUAGGAAAUGCUUUGUAUUUCAUCCAGACAAGUUCUCCUUCUUGUGCAAGGAUUUCUGCUUGCACGAUGGAAUUUCUGCUCCCUCUCCUCCUCAAGUGUGCCCACCUAAGUCUGCUCUGGCGGGUUGGUGGGGGGAGUCUGUAGAACAAAUUUGUGAGGUGUGCAGAGGGAGGAGAAGGAGGGAAUUUCCAUUGCGGUCCUUGCAUAAAGGAGACUACUUAGUUGGAUACAACCUUAGUCUUUAUGGCAGUGUACUAUUCUUGGCUAUGCUUCUUUCAGGUGACUUAUCCCCAUUUUCAUGGCAGAAUGAGAAACGCUAGAUUGUUGCUAUGCUUUUGGACAUAGAAUUUUUUUUUUGUCCAAGGGCAAGAUUAGAAAGCCUAUUGCUGUAGUUGUGAGGAAAGCAAGCCAAAAUGAAACCCUGUAAUGUGCAGUCCAAAACAUCCUGCUCAAGACGGGUAAAGUGAAAUAGUUUCCCCCCUGAAGGCUCCAUAGAGUCUAGCUUUUUAUUUGUACAUCAUAAACAUCAGAAGCGUAUAUAGUAAAGAUGGGAAGAAGCCAGUGCAUAGGCUUUGAUUUCAUAUGCCCGGUGCAUAUAAAUUCACCACUGUGGGUUGCAUCAAACAGUUUGCUUCUCCAUGUGGCCAGCUGACUCUGUGUGGCAGCUUCCCAUGUGGAUUUCCUCUGCAUCAUCUUAAACCACCAAAAACUGUGGUUUUAAGUAAGAUUGCCCUGCCUGCCCGGUCUGUUGCUGCACAUACAAUUUCUUCAAUGAGUUUUGGGGAUUUGUGAGAAAUGUAGUUAUACAUGCACGAUAACAGGCACCCAAUACUUCUGCGUGUUUUUUCAACACGGAAAAAGCUUGACAUGCUGUUACCCAGAACAGUAGCUUGCAAAUCCACUGGUGGUUCUUGGCUUGUGUCUCAACCCUCUGGUAAUACAUUUUCUCCUUCUCCAGUAAAACGGCAGAGAGAUCUAGCAGUAGUGGUGAUUCCGCCUGUAAUAACUGUUGGCUUUCCUCCAGUGGCAGUGCUGCGGAGCCUUUGGAGCAGAUGACUGGAACCUCAACAUUUAUUUCAACUGCACAGACACCAACGCUAGCCGAGAGCGCUGUGGGGUGCCCUUUUCCUGCUGCACUAAGGAUCCUGCUGUAAGUCAGCUGGCAGCGCUGCUAUUCCCUGGGGAAAGCUGCUGCAUGCAAACGGGAGGCUGCCUUUUAUGCUAAAAGAACUCUGUGUGAAUGUGUGCUGGUCCUCUUUAAUGGACCUAUGUCUUGCUGCCAGCUCAAAGCAUGCACAAAAGCUUUGCAGAGUCAGGGUAUCCUAUGCCUGUCAAUACACCUUUCACCUUCUUGAGGUGACUAUUGCCAGGCUACCUGCAUGCAUCUAUAAUGGGCUGCAGCCAGUGACCAAACUAGUUGUCUAAUUGUACUGGAUGAGUAAUAAAGACAGUGGGGGGAAGAGGUGAUGCCAGUGCUAAUUAUAGAGACACGAACUCGUUAACUUGGCAUGCUUGGGUGUCCAUAAUUAAGCCCUGCUAAGAUGCAGCUAGCUUUGUAUUAAGAUUAGGACUCUAAUCUGCAAAUAAGAGAGAUGGGAUGUACUAUUUAAGAUACAUCAUCUAUCGUCCCUGGUCAUUGGCCUUGCUAGUUGGGAGCUAAUGGGAGUCAGCUACUGGAGGACUGCAGAUUCCCUAUACCUGCUUUCAGACCAUGGACAUUUGGCAGGAUGAAGGGAGAAAUUUACCGGUGCCUUUUUAUGUUUUCGCAUUUUUAGGAAGAUGUCAUCAAUACUCAGUGCGGCUACGAUGCCAGGCAAAAACCAGUAAGUCCCUGCCCAUUUCACUUGGUGUAACUUCUGUGAGAGAGGAUGGGAAAGAAGGUGGAAUCCAAAGGGAAGGGUUGCAUGGUUUGAUUUGUGUGUUUUCUUUUCAUUUGCUGUUCCCUCCAGGAAGUUGACCAGCAGAUUGUUAUCUACACGAAAGGUUGCGUCCCCCAGUUUGAGAAAUGGCUGCAAGAGAACCUCACUAUAGUGGCUGGCAUAUUCAUUGGGAUUGCAUUACUGCAGGUAUUGAUUGAUUGCAUUCAUGUUCUGGCUUUCCUCUAAGGAGCUCAAGGUAGUAUAUGUGGUUCUCUUCCUCACGACAACCUUGAUGUCCUUCAUCUCAUAGCUUUCAGACCCACGUGGUUAAUCCACGCUGCACGCUUGAUGUGAAAUAGGAGGAAGUGAUUCCUACUUGCUUCUUGUAAAAGCCAAGGGUUGUCCCUCUGGCAAGUAACCUAAACAAGACUGGAAUUAGUGGUGGACACCAACUUGUUUCCCAUCUUGUGGAUCUUCUGGCUUCUGUAGCUAUGAGAAGCCCCUGUAGUGCUGUGUGUUUGGAAUGUUCUGGAAGGCCUGUGGAAGUCUGUUCCAAUAUCCUUCCUGGAUGCUAGGCAAGGGUGGGUGGGAUUCACCUACCUAGUCCUGUCAGUGGAAGUAGAGUGGAAGGAUUCUGCUUGUGCAACAGAGCUCACCUCCCCCAAAAUUGGCUCUGGUGGAGUGGGAGAACCCCCAGGACAACAUGCAGGAAGGAAGGGGAGCGAGGGGAGGUCAUUCUGUCUGGCAAACUGGAAUGCUUGUGUAGACAGAAUGAUUGGAAGAGCACAAUGUUGAAGCCUGCCCUUUGGCUGCAAUCCAUAUCACACAGUGUUUGGGACUUUUUAAUAUGGAAAAAAAAGGUAAGAGGGGGUGUAUUGGUUGCAAGUCGCUUUGGGUUGCCGUGGGCAAGAUAAAGCGCCUAACAGAUUUAAAAAAUAAUAAUCAUGGCACAGGUCUGUGCACAGUGUUUUUCCUCCCUCUCUCAAAAUACUAGAGCUGGGGCGCAUCCGCUGAAGUGGAAUGGUGGGAGAUUCAGGGCAGGCAAAAGGAAGCGCUUCUUCACAGAAAGCACACCAAACUUAGAUGGCUUUAAAAUGGGAUUAGGCCAAUUCAUCACAGAAUUGUAGCAUUGGAAGAGACCCUAAGGGUCAUCCAGUCCAACCCCCUGCAAUGCAGGAAUUAAGGGCUACUAAUCACGAUGGCUAUAUUACCUCCAGUAUCACAAGCAGCAUGCUUCUGAAAGCCACUUGCUGGGAAUGCCAGGUGGGCAGGAUGCUGAUGUCCUGCUUGCUUCCUUCCCACAGGCAUCUGGUUGGCCUCUGUGAGAACAGGAUGCUGGACUUUGGCCUGAUCCGGCAAGGCUAUCCUUGUUUUUGUGGUUCUUAACUGUAGGCAGUUAAAUCCACUUUAAUGGGACAGCUCCAUAUUAAAUGGGGUGCGGACGGCCUGCCUAGAACCAGGUUACGUGGUUUCUUGGGUGCAUAGAUUUGACCCGCUUCCAGACAACACUUGAACCUCAUGUCUUCCAGAUAUUUGGGAUCUGCUUGGCUCAGAACCUGGUUAGCGAUAUAGAAGCUGUCAGAGCCAGCUGGUAAACUCGCCGACACAAGCGGCACGAGACACCGGCCAGCCUCACCUCUCGGAAAGCUCCAGUGUGUCGCGUGGGCGCCAAGUCAUAUGGAAGUGGGUGACAGUGAAGUCUCGAGUUCUCAAAUGGCCGGAAGUGCCUCAGACCGUUGUUUAUUCCAGAGGGAACAGCUCCAGCCACCCGUUCGCCGACGAAAGCUUCCGAAAGCCCCAACCCGAACUUGUGUUGAGCUGCGACUCUCUGGCGCACCCUUGACUUGAGUCUCUGGUGGAUGCUCUUUUCUUCCUUUUUUUGUGGUAAAUGGCCUGUGUCAGUGAGACCUCAAUCGCCGCCUGGUUUACUGGGCCCCACUCUUCAUUCUCCGUGUCACAAGCCUGUCUGCCGCUGCCAAACGUGAGGCAAUUUCUCUCAUCAGUGCACACCAAAAGGAGCGGCGUGCCUUUUCAGCAGACGGGAGGCCUGGCGCUCCCUUCUGGAAGAGAACCUGUCAAAUAGAAAGCCACUUUCCCAGUCCUUGGCUCCUUCGCUUACUGGCAGGAAAUGAGGCUCCCCUUGGAAGCUCUGAUUAAGAUCUGCUCUGUAAUGCCCUCUGUUGGGGACCAACUGUGUGUAAUUAUUUUCCAGUCUCUCGCAACCUUGUCCCACAAGGGAGAAGGGGUGGGAUUUGAUGUCUUAAUCAACAGGUUUGAGGGGGAAUGUGCCGCUCUUGUCCUCCUUCACCACUGAGUUGGCAACAUGUAAGGGAGUUGGAGGAUGAAGUCUCGAACCAGCUUUUUAACUAAGAGAAUGGGAGGUGUGGUAAACAUAAAGGGGGGGAAUACCCUACAGCGUACCAAAUUUCAUGAGUAAAAUGGUGGAAUUUGUGGAAUAGCCUUCAAUCUCCUUUUUGUUCUUGUAUUUGAGUGCAGCUGCGCAGGUGUUCAAGGUAGCCCCUUGGGCCAGCCAUCUCCAGCCGGAUUGCUCGCUUCCCUCCAUUUUUAUUUUUGCAUGUAGUUGCUAUAAUGAUCCUUAGGAGUCUAUUCAGUGUGACUUGUCUGGGUAUCUGUGGUUUCUGAGUAGGCUUCCAAUUCCAACUUGCAUAUUUAUUAGCGUAGAUGCGGAUGAGAUAAGAGAAUUCACAGCCCUUGUUUUGCAGUGAGAGAAAUGAUUUCACCUCUGUUCAAGUACCUCCGCAGACCGCUUGCAUCUCUUCUUUAAAAUCUCUCCCUCCCUCGUGUCUUUUUCUGUGAUUCAAAUAGCAGUAGUUUAUUUAAACAGAAUUUCUAAAGGCUUUAAAGAAAAACAAAUAAUAAUUCACAGCCUCUGUUUUCAGGGCAGGUGAAGACAUUAGGAUUUUGGAAGAAGCACAAUACAAAACUCCCUUUAGGACCAUGAUCCUAAAUAGGUUCUUUUUUGUUCUUUGUUCUUUUUGCAUGGGCAUUCAGUUCUUUGUGAAUGUGUUUAGGGCCUGAGUAUAGGUAUUUAUAUUUGAUUUAGAUUUAAGCAUCAAUGAAAAUCGCAAAAGUUGAAGGUGCCUUCUACAAAAGAAUUGACUUUAGCAUCUCUUAUCAAGGAGAUGGCGUUCGACUAAGCCUGUUGCAUCUGGGGUGGGAGUGGGGAGGAAUCUGUUAAACUCUUUUCAUUAUCUGGCAGGGAUAACAUGCAUCUUAAGGUGGCGUGUGGGAAAAGUUAAGUUCCGGAUAACCGCUGUAAUUGUCGUUUUAGACACCUUAAUCGGAACCGAAUUCAAAACAACCUGCCUCUUUAUACAAGCCACCUCUUAGUUUUAGUGGAUGAUUGACAGCCUAAAUUGACCCCUUCCCCCAAAGCUGCCAUUAAAGCAGAGAAUGGGGGCCCCAUGACUUAUAAGUCCCUGACCGUUAGCCAUGCUGACCAGGCCUGGUGGGCGUUAGGAUGACAACAACCUCAGACUCACAGUCCCUUUAAAAAUAACAAUAUAUUUCCUCAGUAUUACCUCAUUCUUAAGAGACCCAGCGUGGCUGCCUUGACUGAAUAUGGGACACUGGGGGUCCCCAGCGGCUAUCUGCAGUGGCUCUGCCAGGGGCAUAUAUAAAAUCUAUUCUCAUUGUCUCACAGUCCUGUGAGCCUCCAUUACCUCCUAAGCUUUGUUUGGGCUGCUGCUGAAGGGGAAGGAAACAAACCCCUUUUGCCCAGGAGUGGCAGAAUAGUGUUACGGACAAAAAAUGGCAGAGUUGUGGGAGAACUUCUGGGUUUGCAGAGCUGAAGAGGCCAUGCAUUCCAGAAAUGAGGCCAAACGCCCGAGAAUGACAUGGACGUAUUCUGCCUGUAACAGUGAGUAUGCAGAGGAAACAUUCCUUGUGGCUUCUGCUGCUACUGUAGGUUUCUGAAUAAGAAUUUUUCCAUCCUUCUGCUUGAAGAUCAUCUACAUCCUUCACCAACUAGCUAGGUGUCCUCAAGAUAUUUUCGACAACCACUCCCGUCCGCCCCAGCCAGCACAGUUGGUGGUGAAAGCUGAUUUUGUUCUGGCUUCUCUCUGCUCCCCUUCCUUUGCCAAGCAUAAGUUUAUGUGACCAUUUGUAACUUGGUGGUGGGUUGUGUGUGUGUGUGUUUGGGUGACUCUUCCUUGUCGCAACUCUAAAACUUUCUUGUUAACUUUCUGCCACCAUGUGGUGAGGCUUAUAAUGGCAACCUUUUUCAUAAUUUCCUUGUAUUGGAAUUUCUGUAUGCUUGACCUAAAGAGUUGUUGUCUUCUUGGUCCCAGAAGAGAGUAAGCCUAGAAACUCAGAAAUUGUGUUGUGUUGCAUGCAUGGUUUGCAUGUCUCUAGGUCCUGGUGGAAACUGAGGAAUUCUAAUAACCUCCCCUCUUUAAUUCCUAGUGCCCUUUUUGCUGUUGCAAAGAGCUGAACAGUUUAGAUUCCGUCAGCUGUUUAGUGUGUGUGCUGCAGCUUUUAUAACCCUGGUUAAUAGCUCCUUCAGAUUCCAUAGGCAUUAGGGAUGAGGCAUUUGCCUCUGAAAUUUAGAAUGUUUCGAAGAACUUUCCGACUCACUUUCUUAUGGCUCAUACACAUUUAAGCAAGCAGUGUGCACACUAUCUAAUGUGGACCUGUUCUCUCCACCCCACCUGAGUCCAUGACUGCAAAUCAAAUCUGCAAAUCAGAUUUAACUGUCAGCAGGCCCCCAGCUGAAACAAUAAGAUGCUAUAAACUGUGCGUAGAGAGAACUUAACCGUUCACUUAUUAGGUUGAAAAACAAGUGUCAGAGAGCUGCCGAUUGAUUUUUAUUUCUGUGAUGAAUGAAUUUCAAAGUGGCUUACAACCAAUAAAUAACCAUAACAUAAUAAAACCUAAUAGCACAUUGCGAAUACAGCAUAUAUCAUAUACAAUAAUUAACAGAUUAUAAAUAAAACAGUUGCAACAAAAAACAACAUUAACUAAACAGCAACUAAAAAAUAAGCUAAACCUCACAGGUACAGCAAGUCAUAGGAUUAACAAAUCAAUGUGACGUUUAGAAUCUAUAAUAAACGAUAUUAAAAACAUUAACAAAAUAGCAACUAUUGGUUGGUAUUUUAUAAGCUAGGCACUAAGUUCAUUCACACAAUCUCUGCACCCCAUGACCCCCCUUUAAAACUAAAUAAAGCUAUACAGCAAACCAGCAAGACAAUAAUUACUAAUUGAAACAAUAAUUGCAUUUAUACUAAAACUAAACUAAACCCCAGCCCCAACAAACGUCCAUCCCGCCCACAACAGCGCAUAGAAACAAAAAGAAAAAACAAGAAAAACAUUUAAAACACCAUGGAUUAACAAGUAUUUUAAACAUUUUAAAACAUUUUUGACAUGCUCAGAGUAAGUGUGGGCCCCACCCCCUAGGCCAGGUGGAAAUGGGCCUUGCAGCAGGGAGCUGUUUUCCCUCCACUUUGACCAGCUGCUGCUUAUCAAUGUCAGGUUGCUGGAAUGUCAUCAAUCUGCCAUUUAAUUCUGAAAGAAUCUGCACCUGCCAACCUGGCUUUUAUUUUCUGAGAGCAGGCUGGAUGAAGCUGAGAAUCCUGAAUCCACCCAGCUGGCCCCAAUCAGGUGUUUAGCUUUGAACCAGCCUAUGGAGGAAAUCUGGCCAGUACAGAAAAGAUGUAGCAUUUAGUAUUUUCUCCCCUAGACCUCAUGGAGCCAUGAUUCUCUCUGGUAAGUAGUGUUCUGGAAGAAGUGUCUCCUCUGGUUAUUGAAGGAGGAUCUUCAGGGUCGAAGCUGUCCUUCAGAUCUACUUGUUCUUCCAGGUAAGAGGGCUCACGGUUCUGGCACCUCCUUAACUCACAGCGGCAGUUCUCCGUGCACGAUGUAUUCCACUUACGGCAGCCACACAUUUUAUUUGCGCAGCCCCCUUGGCAGGCGCACUGCAGAUUUCUCCUACUGGAUGUUCUGAGGAAUACCUGUGGAUCUUCCACUUUGACCUCAGAAUAUGAGUCUUCGUCAUCUGUGACGAUCAUUCGCCUGUGAGUCUUAGAUUGACUGGAGUCGUAGGGGGACUCCAGGCUGUCUGGUGCAGAGGCCUGCUGGCCACUUCGGAGCUUCUGGCCGCUGGCAGUCUGAACAGAUGUUAGUUUUUGUUGGAGAGUUUGGAGGUCUUCACGGAGCUCAUGGUUCUCCUUCAAAACCUCUGCUAUGGUGUUCCUAUCUUCUUCUGCAUCUGGGUCAUCUGGCCUGCUGUCUUAGUGACGCUGCAGCUUAGUCCUCCCCCCUUUUAAAAAAAAUUAAUCUUUAUUUUAAAUAUUAAGCCCCUUCACCACAAAAAGAAAAAACAAAUCACCUCACAUACAAAGAAAAUAUUACAUAAAGAAUAAAGUUCUUCCAUAAAUUAAGACUUCUGUCCUACCCAGUAUGGGUCCUUCGUUUCAUUGAUAACUGCGUGUUUGUAUAUCCCUUAACUUACCACUGUUUAACCAUAUUCUUUGUAGCAUAUAACAUUGCAGAAGUUAUUCAAAGCAUAUCAAAGAAUACAUCUGAGAACAAUGUUCUUUUACAUAUAAUCUGAAUACACCCCAUUCUAUGUUGAACCUUUGGUUUAACUGAUUCUUAAUUUUUCCUGUCAUCUUUGCCAGUUCUACAUAAUCACAUAAUUUCACCAGCCAUUCCGGUUUAGUUGGUAUUUUAUCUCCCUUCCACCAUUUAGCUGUUAACAUUCUCACAGCAGUAGUUGCCUACAUAAAUACCUUUCUGAGUUCCUUUGGGAUAUCUGCUGCAAUCAUACCCAAAAUAAAGGCUUCUGUGUUUUUUUAAAUAAAAGUUAAUUUGAACUUUUUUUAGCUCAUUAUAAAUAAUUUCACAAAAGUUUUUUUUUUCCUUUUUACAUUUUCACCACAUGUGGUACAUUGUUCCCUCUACUUCUUUGCAUCUCCAGCAAAGAUUUGAGCUGGUUUUAUACAUUUUUGCCAGCUUGCUUGGUGUAGUAUACCAUCAAUAGAGCAUCUUCAUGUAAUUUUUUUUUAAAGGUAUAGCAAGCUGUAAACUUUUAAGUCAUUUCUCCAAAUGCCAUCUCCCAGGAUGCCAUCUGAAUAUUAUAACCAAAAUCUUUAGACCACUGAAUCAUCACUGAUUCAACCUCCUCUUCUAUCACUUCCAAAUCCAAUAGCAGUCUAUACAUUUUAGAAAGUAGUUUAUUCUUAUUUUGUAGUAGAUCUUUCUCAAGUUUCGAUAUUUCAGUAGCAAACCCUUUUAUUUUAUCUAAUUUAAAUGUCAUUCAGUUGAUGGUACUGUACCCAAUCAGUUAGGUGGUUUCUAAUUUCCUCAAACUUUUAGCUUCCUCCUCAAGUAGUUCUUUAUAAGUUGUCCAGUUUUUCCUCAUAUUAUUUUUCUUUGCUGAAAUUGCCUCUAGUGGUGAUAUCCACCAGGGCGUUUUUGCUCUAGCAGGUUUCUAUAUUUACCCCAUACCCCAUACAAUGAUCUUAUUAUGCGAUUCAAAAAACCUUUAUGGACUUUGACUUUUUUUGUAACACAGAUACGCGUGCCACGCAAAUCUAUUGUCAAAACCCUCCAGAUCCAACAAAUCUAUAUUUUGUAAUGUCAUUCAGUCUUGUAACCAGCAAAGGCAGGACGCCUCAUAGUAUAGCUUUUAAGUCUGGCAGGGAUAAACCACUUCUGUCUUUGAUGUCAAUAAACAAUUUGUUUGAUUCUGGAUCCCCCCCCCCCGCCAAAUGAACUUUGAUAGGUCUCUUUGCCACUCCCUGAAGUGUCCCGCCCCACCGACAACCAGGAACGACUAGAACAAAAACAGCAUCAUUGGCAGAACAUUCAUUUUAAUUGCAGAUAUCCGUCCCCAAAACGAGAGAUUCAGUCUGCCCAAAAUCUCUUAAGCCUUUUUUAAAUCUCUUUCCACAUCUUUAGAUAAUUAUCUUUAAAUAGAUUGAUAUUUUUCGCUGUCAGCCAAAUUCCUAAAUAUUUAACUUUUUUACUUGUUAUACCAGAGAUUCUUUGUAAUUCAGUUCUAUCUUGCUCUACCAUAUUUUUCACCAGCAGCUUAGUUUUGUUGUUGUUGUUGGAUAUAAAGCCUGCCACCUGGCCAGAAUCGCGAAUUCUUUCCAAAAUUUUGGGAGAUUCUCUUUCCGAUUUCCUGUUGUAAUUACGAGAUCAUCUGUGAAGGCAUUUAAUUUAAAUGAUUUGUUCCCCACCAUUAUUCCUUUUAUACCUUUAUCUCCUCUUAUUCUCCUUGAUAGGAUUGCCAAAACUAGUAUAAACCGUAAUGGGGACAAUGGACACCACAGUCUUGUUCCUUUCGUUAUCUUGAAACUUUAUGUUAUUCCAUUGUUUAUAAUUUAGCUUGCUGAUUGAGAUAAAUCACAUUAAUUCCUUUGCUAAAAUUUUCCCCGUCCCAUUGUCUUUUUCAUGAAGUUCCAUAAGAUGUUAUCAAAUGCCUUCUCUGCAUCGACGAACAUUAAAGCCGCCUGUUUAUCAGUCCUCUCCUCCAGGUACUCCAACAUGCCUAUUUCAAUUCUUAUGUCGUUUUUCAUUUGGCAUCCCGGAAGAAACCCCGCUUGAUCUUCAUGAAUUGUGUCCUUCAAAAUCCUUUUUAAUCUAUUUGCCAAAAUGUCCGCAAAAAGUUUAUAGUUGUUAUUUGAGAGGGAAAUCAGUCGAUAGUUUUGUACUAACAUUAGAUCCGUACCUUGCUUGGGGAUUAAUGUUAUGUAAGCAUCUUGCCAUGAUUCUGGCAAUUUACCUUUAUUUAAUAUCUCAUUCAUAACAUCCUUAAGAGGUUGUAAUAAUGACUCUUCUAGUUUCUUAUAAUAAAUAGCUGAUAGUCUGUCUGGUCCUAGUGUUUUCCCAAGUUUUGCCUUAGAGAUUGCCUGUUGUAUUUCCAUCAUUGUGAUCGAGGAGUUUAAAUAUGUGAUUUUCUCUCUGGGAAUCUUAGGAAGUGUGCUGCCAAAUAUAGCAGUUCUUUCCAAGAAUAUCAGGCCAAAAGGAAUGAGGAGGUGGAAGGGGAACCCAAAACAGUUUUAUUAACAAAUAAACAGCAGACAUGCAAAGCAUAAAAUAAAACAUACCGACAGGGGCUACCCAGUCUCCCCUUCAGCUGCCUGGAGCACCAUGUAGAGCAGCAGGAGAAAGACCCUGACCAUCGGUCUCCUAGCAUCAGGUCCUUUGAUCUGAGUAGAAGCUCACCGGGUCCCUCCCACCUAUGGCUUUUAUAGCCUGCCUUGAUGUAAUCAAGUGCACCUGGCAUUACUCAUGAUUAGCCCAGGACCCCGAGAUGGAAUUAAUACAGAGCGGCUGAGAGUCUCCCACUACUUGCAGCCGGGCAUCCAGUCAGCACUUGCAACACAGAAGAACCCAAGAAACUCCCGACAGGUGUGUGAAACACAAGAAUCCAGCAGACCUCCAACUGGGGAUGUUAAAGGAAAAGGGACAUGCUACCUAACUCCUCGAAAUACAAUUGUCUUCCGCAUUUCCACUACAGGGAGGUUAUUUUGUUUUAAAUAUUCUUCUGUUUUUUCUUGCUAUUAUUCUCCUGCUUGAUAUAAAUCCCUAAAGUAAUUUAUAAUUUUUUUACUUAGCUUUUGGUUCAUUUAUAAUCCCGCCCAUCCCGUUUAUUUAUCACCUUUUCACUCUCUUUUUUCUUUAAUUGCCAGGCUAGCAUUCUCCCCGGCUUAUUAGCAAAUUCAAAGUUCCUUCGUUUUAACAUUUUAAUUUUCCAUUCCAUUUUCACAAGUAUGGAGUAUUGCGUUUGUAAUAUUUUAAUAUUUAGUUUUGCUGUUUCAUUUCCUGGAUUUUUAGCUAAUUCUUUUUCGUUUUUACUUAUCUCCAAAAUUUUGAAGUGUAGGAACUCCUCAUGACAGCUUAGCCAUGCUUAGAAGGGGAGCCCAAACACCGCAAGAUGUCUGUGGUGUUACAUACAAAGACAUCAAACAGUAUUACUUGGGAUAGUACCCAGUUUAUAAGGAUCAGUGUCACUGCUAUCCUGUGUUUAUGAUGGAAGUGAGCUCUGUUGAACUCAGUGGGGCCUCAUUUCGACAGCAUAGAUUCUAUUUGCAAAACACAUUGAGCUUUAACAAAAGAUGGUCAGCCAGCUGAAAUGCAGCAAUGUAGCUUUUAAAUUCAAGGGAACCUUGGAGCUCUCCCGACGUUGCUGAACUACAACUCCCAUCCCCCCAGCAAGUAUGGCCAGUGGGACUUGUAGUUCAGCAGCGUCUGGAGGGCCGAAGGUUUCCCAGAAAAGCAAACCAUCUUGAAAAAGUACCAUGCUGACUUAGACGCCUCACAGGGGAGAAAAAGGUAGAAAGUACCCAGCCUCUGCCUCUUUACUUUUCUAAUUAUUUGUCCUCUGUGCUCAUCGGACGAUUACUUGGAAGUUUCAUUUAAUACCUUGCUAGAAAGUCUCAAGCAGCACCAGAGAAAGGAGGGGCCGUCACUUGGGCAGAUGUCAUUGUUCUUCGUCUGAAGAAGGCCGUGUAUUGAUAAACAGUUGUAUCAUAUCACAAGUAUGCAUGCCGGGAAGGCAAGGCAGAGGAUAACUUUACUUCCACCAGGACCAAAAGCAGAAUAGCAAGUGGAACCUGCGAAGGAAGGAGUGAGCCUGCUGCAACAUGCACCCCACUGCAGCCUGCCAGGCAGAUUUUUUUUCUCCCUUCGUGGCUUUCUUAUAACCAUAUGUAUUUUUUCUUUGAAAGGGAGGAGAGAUUCAAGCAGGGUGAAGGACAUUUGGAUCUGGCAAAGGGAUAAUUUUUAACAUACCUUAAAAUAAAAGGGGAGAAGGAAUUGGGGUGUGUGUGCAUGCUAAAAUAGUCCAAACCACGUGUCUUCAUUGUCCAAAUGCUCAGAUACAAAUCUUGACACCUGCAGUGCCUCAACCUCCCAAAUCGAUUCUGCAAGUUUUGUGUGUCGGAUUUGGGGCUGAGUAGCUUGGCUGUUAGAGGCAAGCGUGCCCACCACCUGCUUUUCAUCUCCUUCUUCCCUGCUCAUCUCUUCUCACUCCCCCUCCCCCACAAUUAGCACCAAAUAAAUAAAUAAAUAAAUCCCCAGAUGCAGAGAUGCAAGUUUGAACACAACCUUGUCUUCUAAACACUGAAAGUCUGGGAAGCUUGUUGCUUGAUGGCCAGUUCCAAGAGGCCUGAUUAACAAACCACAUAUUGAUGUGUUGCCUGCCAGCUUAGUCAAGUUAUCUCUUCAGAGACCUACACACCUGCAGUUCCUGGACAGUAUUGUUAUGGAGUGACGGUGGCUCAGUCCCAUGUAUGAAGUCCAAAGAGCCACUUUCAGAGGCCCCCAAUUAUAGAUCUGUGUUCUCUCCACUGUACAACCCUCUUAGUUGGAGUUUUGUUACUGCUCUAACCUUUGGUUAAAUAAUUGUCACAUGUUGAAAAUACUGCAUUCUGAGGGAUACAUCUUGAUUUGAGCUUUCCUGCUCCAGAAGCUCUCUUCCUGCCAGAAGCUGCGGGAAAUGCUUUCCUCUUGGAUUCUCCCCUUAUUAUUCUCUGAGCAGAGUCUUAACUUUCUUUCAGCUAAAGUUGUCAAACCAAGACUUGGGACCUGGCCUUUCCAGGUGCCAUGCGGCGUGUAAAUAAUUUUUGAACUGUAAAUAGUAGCAUGCAAAUGAUCUGAUCCACACUGAGGAUUGCAAUUCAUCUUAAAUGUGUAUUUAUACUGAGAAGGUUGUAUGAGGUGAGUUUGCCUGUGUGUUUGAAAAACUUAAAAAGCUUUACAUAUCUAGCAGAUCAUGCCUGGAAUGCUUUAAUAUGCUGCCAUCUAGUGUCUCCCUGGUAAAACUGCAGCUUAACAAAACUAGUUAAGACUGGCCUAAAAAUAUUUUUUUUGGAUGUUUGUUCUAGAGCUGCUUUGAAUCCCCUCUUCUACCCACUUUGUGCAGGGAUUAUAUUGUCAGCUGCGCCACAGGAGCUUUGUGUUCUGAUGCAUCACCCCCAAAAUGAAUAUUUCUGCUGGUCCCGCUUACCAAAGACGCUGGAGAUAGAACAUUUUGAUGGGAAUGUUGAGGUCUCCUGAAAAUGCCUGCCCACUAAUGGCCAUAAUGCAAAGCACAAUUCAGCAGACAUGUGGGUGGGCCGGAGCUCUCUCCCAGCCAGAGUGUUCUCCUGGAAAACGGGGACAGGUGGGGGAUAUUAAGACCUUUGGGGUUGCCACUGCUUCUUUUACUGCUCUGGUCCAACAUGCCAUAAAUUCAGCUGCCACAUUUUUGCCACCAUAGAAGCCUGUGUGCCUUGCAUGUUCCCAGCUAUGGAGGUCUUUCUGCAGUGCAGAAGCGCCGGGGACUCAGCAGCCUAAUCUAUUGGCAUGAGUGGUUUUGGAGGAUAGGUUGUGCUGCCUGAAGAGAAAAGCUCCAUUGCUUGCAAGAAAGCCUCAAGUCUUUUGAGUGCAUGAAACUUGCCUUGACGGAACACAUGCUGUUAGGUUUCUUAAAGAGCUUAAUGCCAACUCUUUAUGCUCUCUGGCACCACAGAGUUAUCUGUCUUAAUUGUACACAGCGUCAUCAGAGCAUGUAUGUGUAUCAUGGAGGGUUCCUCCCCUGCCUUGGUGGGCAGGGUAUGUCAAUGUGCAGGUCCUGAAUGUGUGUUUCAGACACAGCCAUUUGCAUGGACUUCAACGUAUUGAUGUACAGGUGGAAAAUGUUACACUGGUGUGCUUUUUUAAUUAAAAAUAUCCAGUGCAACAUGGGAUAUACUCCAGGCUCCUGCUUUCCUGUACUGUCUGAUCUGAUUUCCAGUUGUGAUGCCACUUAUGUGUGUUGCACCACUGGAGUUGUUCCCACAGUGUUCCCGUGGAGAGGGAAUUCAGCACUGGAUGCUGUUUCUCAGGCUUUAACACAACCAAGAGGGGAAGUGUCAGGGUAGUAUCUGCAGCAGGGCUGGAAGGGGCAACGGAAUUGCCUUCUGUUUUCCAGUGGAUGUUGCAUUAAAUUGGGAAUGGUAAUGACAAACAUCUCCUGCAGACAGCCUGGGGUUUGUGGUUCAAUCUCCUAAUCCAGAGAGGCAGAAUUGCCAAACCACCUCUCCUCCCUCCCCCUUUUUGGCAUCCACGUGGAAGGAAUGCUUGCACCCAGAUUUCACUCCUAUGUGGUGGCCGAGGGAGAGGCAGGUGACACGUAAGAUCUUCAGCUUGGGUAAGCACUGAACCUGGCCUAUGUUCUCCUGCAGUUCUGCAUCCUUAACCCAUGCCUCUCAUUGCUCAUAGAUUAUCAUGGGCAAGAAGCAGUGCACUCCAGGGUCUUGCAGGGUGCCCCCAAAUUGCCUUGACUUUGUGAGAACGUUAGGAUUGGCUUUCUAUUGACACCAUGUACUUUGAGCAGAAAUUGAUGGGAGAGAUAAGAGUGUGUAUACUCUUAGUAAGGUGACUGCAAAAAGGCUGCAGUCCUAUGCAAUCAAGCACCAUUGACGCCAGCAGGGAUUGCAUUGGACCAGGCGUGCAUAGGAUUGCACUGUUAUAAAGCUUUGUAUCCAAACCAAUGCAGAUGCUCCUUACGGUGUAAAUGAUUAAAAUAAGCUGCACCUGCAAGCAUCUCGCCGCAUAGUCUGUGCCUAGGGAAACUGAGUCUCAAAGAAAGGUGUUCUCUCUUUAUAUUAAAACAAACACGUCGAUUGGGCAUGGGGGAUCUGUGACUUUGUCUGGUUUUCAAACAUAUUAAAAAUGCUUGCAUCACUUCCCUAAAUCAUUGCACGUCGCAACGAAGGGCACUACUGUAAUUACCGUUGUGUUUUUUCUUUUUCUACGAAUGUAUUUUCCUGUAUUGAAAGUCUUGUAAGUCGGAAAAAAUUGAUUGUAAAAAGCCAAUUACACUUACUGAUGAUGGAAAGUAUUGUUAUAACAGAAUUGCAUGCUGGUACAGUUUGACUGAGGUUGUGUCGUCUCCUUCCCAGUUGGUCACACUUGGUCUAGAAGUGGAUAUAUUUUUGUUCAAUUGACAUAUUUCCUUCACAAUAGAAUAUAUGGUAUAUCAUACAUAGCCCAUGCGAAUUUCAGUGGAUGUAACUGGACUUAUACAUGAAGUUAACACAACCUCUUUGUGUUAGUUUUUAAGGUAUUGAAAGUGGUCUGCAUCAUGCUCUUUGUACCUUUUUUUUAAAAUAGAUGCGAUUUUUAGGAAUGUUUUAAUACAUUUAUGAUGGACAACAUAGUUUUACUAGUUGUGCAGUAUUCUGUAUUUUACUUGAAGUAAAUCAUUUUAUAUGCAAUUUGUUAGUAUAAUUACAGUUUUAUAAAUAAAAUUGAGUGACAUUUUGGGUCUACUUUUCACUCGGAUGUACAAAAAAAAAAUGUUCUGCUCAGAGCUCUAAACCCAUUGUGUUAAAAAGGAGGAUCAGAUCAUAGUUGUUACCGGGAAAAUAAAAAUCUGUUACAAUUAAGCAUUGUAGAAUUGUGCGCCC